AGCAGUGAAGUACUAGAUUGAAAGUAGUGAGCCUUGAUUUUUGUAUGGUUAGAUGAUCAAUUCUCUAUUUCUGUAAUGAAAUGGUGCAAACAGCGUGGGCAUAAUGAUUUCUUGCCUAAUUUGAUGCUGUUUGAGCAAAACUUUGGGUGACUGUGUUGUUGUAUUAUUUAUUUUUUACAACCUCAACAACGAAGUUACCCAAACUUUUGCUCAAACAGCAUCAAAUUGAGCAAGAAAUCAUUUAACCCACGCUGUUUGCACCAUUUGAUUGCAGAAAUGGAAAAUUAAUCAUCUCAUCAUACAAAAAUUCAGCUCACUACUUUCAAUCUAGUACUUCACUGAUUGCGUCUUAUUCAGAUAAUCUGCAAAAGAUUCCCAGUUCUUGUACAAUACGAUCAACCACAAAAAGUGUUUCGUGAAAUAAGACAUAGUAUAGUUGUUACAAUAUUCUCCGAAAUUGUGUUUCUUUAGCAAACAAUAAAGUGAUACUUUACAAGUUUUUUUUGUUUUCAUUUCCGACAAGCAAGUCACAAACGGCUAAGAAACUAUCUAACAUCUCUUGCCGUCAUUAUUUUUCAGAUUUCGAACAAUACUUCAGCGAACUGGAGCCGGUUGCAACAAAGAAGACGACUACCAUUUCCCUGGACAACCAAGAGUUGGAUUUUGUGCCUGGUAAACGUGGUACCAGUUUGCUCCGGAUCAACAACUAUUGCUACGCCAGAAAUAACAAAUCACAAAACUCGACCUACUGGGUGUGCCGUACCAGAGCGCAACACCGGCCGUGCAAUUCCCGAGUCGUUACCACGCUGAAAAACAACGGACUGUAUCGGGUCGUGAUCACCAAUCCGGUGCAUCUCCACGAACCCAACAAACCCAGUGCCUAUAGAAGAGUCGAGCAGGUCAGGAGGAGACCCAAACUGGUGGCACCGAAGCCGGUGCUGGAGGAAAUUUUCACUUUCACGUUUGAUUCGGACUAGAACUGGAAUGAGUUGAAGUAAAAUUCUUUUAUUUUGUUUUGGUUGUUCAACCAAAAGAGUUUUUAAAUACAGAUAGUGCCAUAACGUCAUACCAUUCAGUACAGCCAGUAAUAUAAGGUGAUUCCUUACUGAUACUGAUGGGUUAUGCAGUACUAGAAUAAAUUUACAUUUUCUAACCGAAACUCCUACACUGUUUGCGGACUUUUGUACCCUUUAGGCUGUCGAUGGUUGCUUAACUGAGAUUAGUUACAGUAGAUGAGUGAGAUUUCAGCCAGCUUCGACUAAAUUAUGAAAUCAACCAAAAGGGCUUUCGAAGGCUGUUCAUUGAUGGGCACAGCUUCAUUCGAAAAGAGGCGCGAAAGAACACCAUUCGUUGGCGGUGUAAACACUACAAUGAUGUGCGUUACAAAUGUGCCGCUCGAGCUACGUCCAUUAAUGAGCCCAAUGGCAAACUUAUUUCCUACAAUGGCGAGCACAAUCAUGGAAUCAUAGGAAACGGACACAGACGAAGCGAUCGACAGCGAAUUGGAGCGGAACGAUGAGCAGAAUUUUCGGAUCAAUGUGUGUUCAUCAAGUCAGAAUUAAUUAUUCCCCCGAAUAAAAGCUGUGUGCGAUACUGUGAAACUUUUGUUUGUGUUUGAUUUUGAGUCAAAGCAACUGUCGUUGUACUAGAUUGCUAAUCAUUUGUAUUUUUCUUUUCAGUGAAAAAUGACGUAGCCUAUGUGCAGACAAGUCGAGGCAUACAACUGUCAAUCAAUGGUUAUUUGUUCAAAGCAUGGAAAUCGGUUAAGAACGUAGGAAUAUGGCAGUGUCUUCAGUUUUCUGAAUAUGAUUGCCCAGUACAGGCUAGUACGGAACGAACCAAGGAUGGAAAGCAAGCACGCAUUUCAAUUCAAGGGCAACACAAUCAUCCCGCUUGCAAAGAUCGUAACAAAAACGCCACAAUGCGACCAGUUAUGAAAACCUACAGUAGAAAAAAACUCUAAGCCUCAAAAGGAAUAUUAAAUUGCUGCUAUUUGUGGACAACAUUGUGAAGAAAAAAUAAAUUCCCAACUUCUCUAUCCAAGUCUAGCUUUCUCAGUUUAAAAGUGGCAGCACUGAUUGACACGGUUCAAACCAUUCGCUUACUAAUACAACGAAUUUCAUUUCAGUUCUUGAUGUGGACCAUCCAACCGUCCAAUGCAUUGCGACCAACAAAUCGCGUAGAUUGAUGGUAAAUGGCCACUCUUUCACUCGUAAAAAGCGAACCGAGCGGUAUACAAUCUGGGAGUGUUGCCAAUCGAGACCUCUAGGAUGCAAGGCUGCGGUCACAACCUAUCUGGAGAACACCGGUGCAGUUAACAUUCGUGGAUCGCACAAUCACGCCGUCGUAACGGAACGGCGGAGAUUGGGCCAGCGAAAGCAGCUGAUGGAGGAACGUCAGCGGGAGAGAGAAAAAUCGUCGUCAAGGAAAAGUCAACGGAAGAAAAAUUCUUCUUCGUCCGCACCGCCGAUGGUCGCUAUAAAAUUCAGGCAAAUACCCCUUCAUCAAAAAUCAAGAAGGAAAAAGCACAUCCACAUCAGAAAAUGGUUAAUACUGGAACCAGACUGAUUCGAUCUGGAAUCAUCUUUCCACUAAACGAAGGAACGGAAGUGGAACAGUUGGAACAACUUGUGAAGAAGAAUUCUACAAUCAGGCAGGAAUAUAUUAAUGUUCUGAAGCUUAAGCCUAGGGAUACGCAAAUCGUCCAUUACAUGCACAACGUUUUCACGGACGAUGCCCUUAUUGACUACAAUUACAAUAAUGGCCAUGGCAAACGCGCCAUGCGAAUGUACGACAUAUUUUCCAAAUGCUUCAUGGAAGCGUACGAAGCGGAGGAACUUACGGAGUUUGAGCUUGCCUACCAGCUGACGUCGGCGAUCAAGCAAAGUCGAAACCGGAUGCGGCAGCGCAUGUUCCGCGCUAGGAAAAUUGUGAAAGCAAGUUGUGAAAAGAGAAAGCGAACUCCAUAACCAUCCUGCGGGUGGAAAGCACUAGUGCAGUUGUAAAAAUAAAUAAUGAAACCAGACCUUUUAUUUUUAUUUAUUAUAUCUACAUACAGUACUAAAUUCUUCGAUUUCUCACUAACCACGCCCUAAUUAUCACCUCUUACAGGAAAAAUCGUUGCCAAGGAAAAGUCACGGGAAGAAAACUUUUAUUUCGUCCGCACCGCCGAUGGUCGCUAUAAAAUUCAUGCAAAUGCCCCUUCAUCAAAAAUCAAGAAGGAAAUAGCACAUCCACAGCCAAAAAUGAUUAAUACUGGAACCAGACUGAUUCGAUCUGGAAUCAUCUUUCCUCUUAACGAAGGAACGGAAGUGGAACAGUUGGAACAACUUGUGAAGAAGGAUUCCAUAAUCAGGCAGGAAUAUAUUGAUGUUCUGAAGCUCAAGCCUAGGGAUACCAAAAUCGUCCAUUACCUGCCCCACGUUUUUGCGGACGAAUCACUUAUUGACUACAAUUACAAUGGAGUUAACGUUGUUGGCCAAACAAAACGUGCCAUGCGAAUGUACGACAUAUUCUCCAACUGCUUCAUGGAAGCGUACGAAGCGGAAGGACUUACAGAUGUCGAGCUUGCCUUCCAGCUGACGUCGGCGAUCAAGCAAAGUCGAAACCGGAUGCGGCAGCGCAUGUUCCGUGCUAGGAAAAUUGUGAAAGCAAGUUGUGAAAAGAGAAAGCGAACUCCAUUUGAGACUUGAUGAAUUUUUGUGUAUCCUAUUGACUCAAUUUCUUAAGUUUCAGAAACGCUCAGCUUUUUUAUUGUUUUAGUGCUCUAAUCUUUUUUGACUCGGUUCUGUAUUCAGUAGCUUUAAUAUAAUGAAUGAUAACAUACUUACUUUUUUUUAACCUGAAGGUAGGUUUAUUUUAUAUCAAAAAGCGCCAAUGAAUUUUUAACAUUCCUACUUUGAUACAUUAAAUGUAAUGGAUAUUUACCUUACCACUAUGAAACCAUGUCUCAGAAGUUUUUUAUAUGGUAGAAGUAAUAAUUUUAUCAGAAAAAUCUGGCACAUGCAAAUUACACUGAUCUUUUCAAAUGUUGAAGGGCAAAAGAAAAAAAAAUAAAAAUUAAAAUACAAGUAAAACUUAAUAAAGAAGCAGAAUGUAUUCUUCAGCAAAACAAACUUUUAAUUUAUAAUUAAAAUUACUAACUAACCAUGCCAACUCCUCCCCAUUCCAGACCAAGAGUUCAUGAUGAUAGAAAUCUGCUCCGAUGAAGCCACUCGGCAUGCCUUCGAUGAUGACCAAAGCAAAUCCACGUCCUCCGCAAAAGGUAACACAGCAGCAAGGUCACUUCGGCUAGCGGGAUUCACGUUCCCUCUGAAACGUGCAGAAGACAUCGAACGCUUGGAGAAAGCCGUCAAAAAAGAUCCGUUCAUUCGGAAAGAAUACAUUCGCUACGUGUCAUCUCGGGUGGGCGAUCGUCCUAAUAUUCCAACGCACAUCAGAGGGCUUUUCUGCGAUAGAUCUCUGGAGAAUUAUACGUAUCAAGGGGUUAGCAAUCCGCAGUAUCCUCGGAAAGCAAUGAAAGACUACGACAUCUUCACCAACUGUUUGCUAGUUGCAUGGGAGGACGAUGGAAUCACGGCGGAUGAGCUUAGAAUGUCGCUGAUCAAGGCUACACAAAAAGCGAAGCAACAUUUAUCGUCGGCUCGGUACUACAAGCGCUACCGGGAACAGCUUCUAGAGAAACGGAAAGCCAGUUGGAAGAGCAAAAAGUUUACCUCCGAGUAGUUGCUAGUCAACUGUGUGGUAAAAUUUUGAAAAUCAAAUCUUGCAGAAAUAAAACGAACAAUCGACUGUAAUUUACCGGUGUUCUGGUACUUCAUUGAUCAAAUUGUCGUCAAAAUAUUCAUCACGGAUUUUUUUUUUUUCAAAUAUACAAAUGCCCAAUGCCCCUUGUACAUUGCCCAAUACUACGACUAAAUCAAAAGGUAUGUAUAAUUUGCAGAACAUUGAAAUUCUAUUACCAUUCCAUUACCAUGUCUCCAGCAUCUCAAAUUCCUCGUGACACAUGUUCCAUCAUAGUCUAAUUCUAUUGCAUAUCAGUUACUAUUAUUCAAUAAAUGCUUAUAAAACCACAUUAAUUUUCACACAUUUUCUACCCAUUCUAGUACCACUCAAACAUCACAUGGCCGCCAAGCUCGGUUAUACCCAGCGUGGGAAGACGCUGCUGCUGUACAACGGAUUCGGCGACGUCAAGGACCACGAGGCCAUCAAAAUCUGCCACUGGAAGUGCUUGUUGUACGGGAAGCUGAAGUGCCGUGCCAGGGCCGUCACCAAAACGGCGCUCGACGGCUUGUUGAUGAUGAAAGUUACCAAGUCGACCCAUAACCACGGCCAAGAUGCGUACAAAUUUGAACUUUCCACAGUGAAUAAACUCUUAUGAGGAUGUUAAUCGCUCGCAUUUUUCUUCAAAAGUUUAGACCAACACCGUGAUUGCAGAAUUAACCCUAUUUUCUGCACAUUCGUAGGUCUUCCUGGUGGGGCCUAUUUUGGGAAAACCGCUCAGGGCUGCCUCAUGCUGUGGUACGGAAACUACGGGUAUUUCCGCGAGAAGCAGAAGCAUAAUACCACCAACUGGAAAUGUGCCUGCUACAACAAAUAUCGCUGCAAAGCACGGGCUGUGACGAAGGAAAUCGGCGGAGAGUACUACUUCCGGAUAACCUGUGAUGAACAUACCCAUCUUCCGUAUUCUAGCGGCUAUUGGCGGGCAAAACGGAGAAACGAAGUGGCCCCGUUGACGUCGGUGGUGCACUGCAGUGGAAGGUGGUAGUGGAUAAAUGGGGUACUAGAUUAUGAGUAUCGGAACAAUGAGUGUGAUAAUUAUCUGUACAUUUUAAUAAACAAUCAAGGACUGAAAGGUGCAAUUGUAUUCACUUAUAAAUAAGUUGAUCUAGUACUACAGCCUGAAACGCCAAAUGACUAAUAAUUUCCACUCUUUCAGACGUUUCGUACAUACUAAACAAACGAGGAGCAACUCAGCUGUGCAUCAAUGGGUAUCCCUUCAUCCGUUCAAAAACAACCGAGGAUUACCAGUAUAGGACCUGCAGAGAAUACAAAGCUCUACGCUGCACGGCUCGGGCCGUUUCGGGUCGCCGAGAACGGAGGAACGAUCCUACCGUCAAGCUACGGGGCGUUCACAAUCAUGUCAUUUUGGAGCGCCGUGAUGCAGAAGAAAAUGCUAAAGAUAUUUCGUUUACCCUUAAUAAACGAGGGGCGACUCAAUUAUGUGUCAAUGGAUACCCCUACAUCCGCUCCAAAACGACCGAGGAAUUCCAGUAUUGGUCCUGCAGCCAGUACAAAGUUUUACGCUGUCCGGCGCGAGCCAUUUCCAGCCGCAGAAGGCAGGGCAAUUCGCCCACGAUCAAGCUUCGGGGCACCCACAGUCACGGGAUCAUUUUGGAGCGCCGCAAACCAGGAGAAAGUGCCAAAUUGCUGAAACUGAACGCCAUGGAACGCCGGGAGAUGGAAAUGUUGCCAGAAAAGCGGAAACGAUUGUCAUCGGGAGCACCACCUCCACCGGUGGAAUGCGUUUUGGGAGGCGAUAAUCCAUCCUCGUCGAAGUGAAUUCGAAUGGUUGAAUAGGACAGAUCGAUGAAGUACUAGAUUUGUAGUAAUGAGCUAAAUUUUAUUUUGGUGAGAAGGUCUAUUCUCCGUUUCUGCAAUGAAAUGGGGCUAAAAGCGUGGGUAUUAUGAUUCCUUGCCUAAUUUGAUGCUGUUUGAGUAAAAUUUUGGGCAACAGUGUUGUUGUUUUCUCCAUUUCUUGCAACAUAAACAACAAAGUUAUCCAAAGUUUUGCUCAAACAGCAUCAAAUUAGGCAAGGAAUCGUAAUACCCAUGCUUUUUGCACCAUUUCUUUGCAGAAACGGAGAAUUGACCUUCUCACCAUACAAAAAUUCUGCUCAUUACUACAAAUCUAGUACUACACCGAACGUACCCAAUUGUUCGUUCAGUAAUUCUAGUACUGCUGUUUGAAAUCGUUGUAUGUUAGUGGUUGUCGAGAUGGAGUUCUGCAUAAUUUUAUUAUUUAAUAAACUCGAAAUCUAAUAACACUUCUUUUUUGCUUAUAUUAUCAAAUUGAUCUAGUACUGCAGUUCUAAUAAUUGAAUGUAAUCGCUAUUUAAAUUUCAGAUAUUUCAUUCGUGAUUAGCAAACGCGGCAAAACUCAAUUAUGCGUCGAUGGUUAUUUGUACACUCGAGCAAAAACAACUGAAGAAUUACAAUUUUGGACGUGCAAUCAGGAUAGGGUACUUGGAUGUUCUGCACGCGCAACUACCGGUCAUGGUAAGAAAGGAGAUCGGCCGUCCAUCAAACUGCGUGGAUUUCACAACCACAAAAUUAUCCAGGAGCGUCGGAAAGCCGGUGAAUGUGCCAAGCUGCGAGAGCAGUGCGCCCGCGAACGGAACGAGGAAGUGUUGCCACGGAAGAGGAAACGGCUGCCUCCGCUACCGUUGAAGUGUGUUCUGGUCACGGACAGUAAGGAAAAGACCUCUGUCGUGAAUAAGGAAAGCCAUUGAAAACGUUUAUUUAUUAUGAUAUGUAGUAAAAUAAGAUUAUUCUGUGAAGAGGGGCAAGGUUGCCAGGAACACAAUCUUAUAAUCAUCUGUUUUACUUUUCCCUCAACAACUCUAUAACUUAAUAUUAGUCUAAUCAAUUCAUGUUACAAUUCAAUGUUUUUAUUCAUUUUCCAUUAUGCGAUUUGGUUGCAGUUUUUGAUUUAUAUUCGUUUCAGUUGCCUCAUAGGAAUUAGGUUUUUUUACAGUGUUCAGAGUUGACAGAAAAAAACUUAACUUUAAACUAUGGAAUUCAUCAUUAAGAAAAUACGUAUGUUUUUCACAGAUGCUGUAGUCCAGUAUAUCAAUGGCAAAAAGGGAACAUUUCCUCGGUUAAAAAUCGGUGGACAUUAUUUUACGAGGAGGCGUAUCUGCAAAACCAGCACCCGGUGGUAUUGUGUGAAGGAGCCGGCCCUGAAGUGUAACGUAACGAAGUCAACGCCAUGCGAUACUUUUGUACCGAUAAGGGAGUCCAAAAAUUGGAAUACGAGGAAUACCACUUCUGCAAACGGAGGACAAAGAAGCACUGCAUCCGUUGGUAUUGCACUAUGUGGCGUAGGAUGAAUUGUACGGCACGGGUUACAACAAUCACUUCUAAUGGAGCAGUAUCGCAGUUUUGUAAUGAUCACAACCAUUCACCGACAACGGAGUGUCCUAAAAUAAGUCGCAAGCACAAGCGCAAAGCUUAGCACUUUUAUCACGAUUGUCAUCUGAUUUACUAUAUGCUCGAAACAAGAUCCUUGAAUCCAAAAUUGCAAGUUGAAGAUUCUUGAAUGUGAUAUGUAUUAGUUGUAUUGACGCCAUAUUUUUUUAAAAUAUAAGAUCUCCAAUAAUCUGAAGAAUGAGGUCUAAAUACUACUUUACAACCUUGAUAAAAGUAGGAAUGAUGUAAAAAUCUAGUCUGAAAGAAAAUUAUUAAGCAUUAUUAAGUAUUAUGCAAUUGUUUUAGAUGACAACUAUUUCUUGAUGAUUUUUUUCUGUUCGAUGAAACCACCUCGUUCUGUAUUUUGUUUGUUGUCGUAAUAUUUCAGUACUCGAAAAUAAACAAAAAAAUAAAUUUGGCAACUCUGAAAAUAUACUGCCAGCAAAAUGUCAUGGUUUAUCAUUUAGAAAAUUUGCUAGUUUUGUUUCAUAUUUCUCAACACAAAAGAAUGAAUUUUAUUGCUAAAAAAUAAUUUUCAGGGCUGCAAGUUUUUUUAAUUUUUGUACAAAAGUGGCAUGAAACAAUAUGUAACUAUCGUAUCUUAUUACUACAUUUGAUCGUAGAUUGGUUUUAUUUGUCUAACGAUCCUCACGUUUUCUUUUAGACAUUUCAUUCGUCAUGAGCUGCCGGGGAAAAACUCAACUUAGCGUAAACGGUCAUCUUUACAGUUGUGACAAGACAACCGACGACGCCAUGUACUGGUGUUGCAAUCAGCGCCGUGUUCUUGGCUGCACAGCUCGUGCUAAUACUGGACGUAAAAAGGCAGGAGAACAGCCAUCCAUCAAACUGCGCGGCUUUCACAAUCAUGGAAUUAUCGCUGAACGACGCCGACCCGGGGAAUAUGCCAGGCUGAAGGAGCAGUACGACCGCGAACGGAAAGUGUUGCCAGAUGUGGAGCCUCGUCGUCUUGCCCUUUCCAAAACGAAAAAGAAGCAAAACUGAAUUAUUUUUCUGUGUAUUAUCUCGACGUUCUAGUACUACAGUUUUGACCGUAGCUAUGUUUCAAGAUGCCCAAGUCACUAAUAUAUGUACACUGACAAAUUUAUGAUUUUUUUUUUCUCUUGUGAUGCGUGCCUUGUAUCAACUAAUCUUAAACAUUAUCUAAUAAGCAAUCAUAAACAUUGCAGAUAUUUCAUUCGUCAUAAGCGCACGUGGUAAAACGCAGCUGAACGUUAACGGAUAUCUCUACACGCGAGGCAAACUACACGGCGACUUUCAGUACUGGUCAUGUAAUCAGUACAGAGUUUUAAGUUGCACAGCUCGUGCUUCGACGGUCCGCUGCAAGCAGGGCGAGAAACCAACCAUAAAACUUCGUGGUUUCCACAACCAUCCGAUUAUAAUGGAGCGACGUCGGCCCGGAGAGUGCGCACGGUUGAAAGAGCUGUACGCUCCUCCUCCGAGGCAAGUGUUGCCAGAUAGGAGGAAAAGUCAGCAGCCCCCCAAGCAACAGGUGCCACUGCCACCGAUCGAGCAUUGUUUUGUGAAGGAAGAGAAAUAACGAACGCGUUGUUGGGUGUGUGAAUGGAGGCUGUAAUAGGAUAAGUGAUAUGCUUGAUCUAGUACUGCAUCUUAUGUAGUCUGGCAUUGGGCAUAUCAUUUGAAUAAUUCUCUCUGAAACGCAAAACAUCAUUCAAGGAAUUUAACAGAAUAACACGGAUAGUUUUAAUGUAGCACUUAAAAACAAGAUUCUACAAUUAAGCUUUGAAAUUCUCCAAUUGGGGUUCCAGUUAUCCUAGUGGACAAGACUUCGGGAAUGCAAUGGCAGGUCAAAAUCCUUCUAUUAUUUCUGGAAGAGUUAAAGGGACACUCAGUUGAUAAGAGGCAAGUCAAGUGCUACUGGUUACGUAGGGCCUGAUAAAAAUAGUUUUGAAAUAAAACAGUGAAAAAAAAAAUGUAAGAAUACAUGAAGUUGGAAUGUAAGAGAAGAGCCACCAACCAAACAAUCAUUCACCAUAAUAUUCCUUCUUCAAUGACAGUUGUUCUGUCUGCAGUCAAUGUCCAUGUCAAGGCAUUAUAAACCAAUAUUUAGAGAAUGAUCUUCAACUUCUCCAAAACUUCCUUAAAUUUUGCAGAAACAAUGGCACAUCGAGCAACGCAACUCAAGACCACCCUGCGUCAACUGAAACGGGAUCAGAACCGCCGACGAUCGCCAACUCGCUCGGAAAGGAUCCGACCAAGAUUUGAAAAAGCCCGUAAGAGUUAACGGUUUCACGUUUCCCCUGUCCUGCGAGGAGGACAUCGAGCGCCUCGAACUGAUGGUGCAGCGAAAUCCGAGUAUUCGUGAGCAGUUUGUUAACUAUCUGUGCAAGCGGAAUCGAGGAAUGUUUUGGAAACUGUUUUACUGAUGAGGCCAUGUUGCGGCACAACUGGAGAGGGCUCGAUCGCGAUCAGUGCCCGCGGAAGGCUAUGAUGAACUACAGCAUUUUCACAGAUUGUAUGGUCGAUGCUUGGAGUUCUCACGGAGUGUCAAUGGAAAAGAUUCAUAGUGAUUUGAGGAAAGCUGUCUUCAAGAUUGGACGCAGACGGUACUCGAACAAGUGUGCCAGGAAAAAGAGAAUUUUGGAAAGGACGUGUAAUGUGUAAUGAUCUAGCUAAUCAGAAAGAAGUCCAGAAGUAUCAAGUCAGAAUAUAAACAUAAAUACUGUUUCCUAUAAAAUUUGCAUACUCAUUCCGACGACAUAUUUGGUAUAUCUGAUAGAAUCUAAAUAUAUAACUGGAGCUUUCGUGAAAAAUCGCUUGUUCUCUGAAAUGGAGUCUUGAUGAAAGAAAUACUAUAAUUUUAUUUUGUUCUGAGAUAAUUAAAGUUAUUCUUUAGCAAUUUGGAAAGAAUGAAACAUUGAAAAUAAAGUCACUCAUAUUGUUUCAAAUCAUUAUUUUUUUUAUUCCAGGCACGAUGAUCCAAGUCCAGCCUACAACAUUACCCAUCGUAGGGCAGUGGUACAAAACCAAUUUAACGUUCACCAAAGGUCACAGUAGAAAGCUGUUACUGGAUUUACAGGGCUACACACUGGGUCCGAAAAGAAUUGACAAUCGUGUAACUUGGUGGCAAUGCUCAAAAAGAUACUGCCAGGCACGAGCCGCUACCUACGAUGAUAAGUACAUCAGAUUUGGAGAGUUAUAUCACAAUCAUCCGAUAAAAACGGCGCCCAAAACAUGGAUGACUCUAGUGCCUGCUGAUCUAUCUUUUCUAAAUUCAAAAAACAAAAAACCAUACUGUGGGAACAAAAACUUCAAAACACGUGCCGCUUUUAAUAAUGAAAGGAAUAUCAAAUUUAAAGAACUUUGCGACGUUGUUGACUCAUCUGUUUCCUUUUGAUUUGUCUGUUUUCCAAAAUUUAGUUCUAGUAUAACAUUUUGUUUAUUUUAUAGAUGUUAGCCUUGAAUUGGCUGUGAAAAUACAAUGAGUUUCUUUACAAUCUACUACAUCAUUUCUAUGACAUGUUUGGAAUAUUUAUCAUAAUCUCAAUAUCUGCCUUCUCCUUUCAUAAUAAGGCUCUGAGACCAUACAAUAGUAAUUCUCUAAACAAUUGUGAAAAUCGCCUUGUGUAAUAAAUACACGUAACAUAAAGCCAUUGAUUUUUUUUGAGUUUUUUUUUAUUCUAGCCAUGCCAACUCAAGUCCGACCGACAAUGUUGCCCAUCGUAGGGCAGUGGUACGAAACCAAUUUUACGUUCACCAAAAGUCGCCGAGGCAAGCUGUUACUGGAUCUACAGGGCUACACGCUGAGACAGAUAAGAAUUGGCAAACGAAUUACAUGGUGGUACUGCUCAAAGAAAACUUGUCUGGCACGUGCCGCUACCUUCGGUGAUCGUUUCAUCAGUUUCGGAGAGUUAUAUCACAAUCAUCCUAUUCAAACUGGUUCUUCAGCGUGGAUUCCUCUAGUACCUACCGAUUUAUCUUUUCUACCAAGUUCAAAAGAUAUGACCAAAAAAUGGAAGAUGAAGAAAAGUCCAAAUGGGUUCUUGGCAAGCUCAAAGGAAAUCAAAUUUGUACAUAAUUAAUAAGAAUACAUAAACUAUAUAAGGAAGCAUCCAGCCACCAAACAUGGUAGUCUUGUAUGAACAAAAGCUACAAAGCAUGACUGUUGAUUCAUCUGUUUGAUUUGUCCGUUUUUCAAAAUUCAGAUCUGUUUUUUACAUAGUAUCACCAGUAUAAAUUGUAUAAGAAGAAAACAUCCAGCCACCUAACUUGGUGGUAUUGUAUUAACAAAAACUUCAGAACGCGUGCCGCCACUAUCGAUGAAAGGUACAUCAAUUUGAAGAACUGUACCACGAUCAUCCGAUAGGGAAGAUGUCGGAAUCGUUUUUACCUCCGUUUCCUAUCGAUCUGUCUUGUCUACUGGGAGAGAUUGCCAGGGUGACGAAAAAGUAUUCAAAACUUGAUUAGGAUUUUGGCUAAUCAAGUAAUUAGCAUCCUUGCAUUGGUAGACAGAGUAGUGCCAUGUCUACGAAUGGUCAGCUAAAGGUAAACACAUCAACAUCUAGCUUCUCAGCCGUUUAACUCAUCCUUGCUUACCUUGAUUAAACUGAUUUUAUUUCUGUAUAAUCUAGUACCCCAUUUAAAGAAUUCAUUAGGUAUAUCUGACAGAAGCUGAACAUCUACCUGGUCCUUUCAUGAGGUGACUCUGGAGACUGUACGCUAGACGUUCCCUAAGUCUUGAGGAAAGACGUACUAGAAUGUUAUUCUGUUCGUAGUUUAAACUUUCUGUGCAAUUGAAAAUUCAAAUUGAAUUUCGAAUAAAAUAAGGCAAGAUAGGAUUAUUUGUCAUUAAGUCAUUUAUAUAGUUUUAAAUUGUUUCGAUUUUUCUACACAUGUCGAUAAUAAAUGUUGAUAAUGCCCAUCGUAGACCAGAAGUUUGAAUCAUUUCUUUUUAUAUUUACGACGUGUUGUCGAGGCAACCUGUGCCAGGAAAAAAUAGCCAAACGAAUAACUUAGUGGUACUGUUCAAACAAAACCUAUCCGGGAUUGAAAUAGAAGAAUACUAGUGGAAAAGAUAUUAAAUAUGCUGUGCUAAUCGACUGUUCAUCCAUGUGGCUUAGUCUAGCUUAGAACUUCUACCGCCGUAGCAACCGUAGGACAUCGGAGUUUCCAUUUUACAAGUUUGCUCUAUCAACUUCCUUUCCAGCCAACGGAUGUGAAAUUUUAAAUCGAUUUCCAAAGUAGCACCAUUCACUUCCGCCUCCGUGUCCAUGGGUUGAACAUAAUGUCGAAACUAGUACGCACUACUUCCAACAGCUUCCGACGAAAUGUUCAACGCAUAUAAAUUUCAGAAACCAAUUAGAUGAGAAAUUCACAAUACAGCUUUUUCAUAAUCCACAGGGAUUGGUCGGUGUUCACGCCUCUGAAAAGCAGCAACCUACAAGGAGUCCAAGAAUCAGAUUCACCGAAAGUUGCACACGGAAAUCAGUCACGAUAGCAGCAAUGGAACGCAGUAGAUUAUGCCUGCAAAACAACGAGUAUCCGUUCAAGGAAGGAUCGUAUGUUCAUCACUUAUCUGCUUGUCGACGAAUUCAUCAAUAAGUUUGGCAGAUUAACACGUGAGAAACUAGUCCGUUAUGCCACAGAACUUUAAAGCAUUUUUCCAAUAUCGUUAUUUUGCGCGUUUUGUCGUACAAACAUGAAUAUGUUUUCAAAACAUCCUACUAACUACAAACUACGUUUGAAAACAAAAAAAAAAAAACAUAUCUUCUAUCACAAUAUUUUAUAGCGUAAUCAGCGCUUUAUAAGUAUCUAAUUUUAAUUUAUCAACAAUUUCCACUUUAUUUUUUCUAUAUUCCUAAUUUUAUCGAGAUGUUUUGAAAUGUUAUUCUUGAUUUCAAUCCUCCGCGCACGCCGAUCGUGUUGUUUAUCACUGUUUUGUUUUGUUUACGUUUCAGCACAUCGGGUACAAACCAGUAUCGUACCACGACGAAAAAAGGGAACAGGAUCAGACUCGGACGCAUAGCCAAAGGAUGUUUGUUCGACCGGAUUCACAACUACCACUGCAUUAUCUCUAUCGUACGCCCAAUACCUGGGCAAAAAGCGCAGCCAUCAGCAAGUUCAGCUCAGCCGUUAGUCGAUGUCAACACAUCAGGUGCGGUGAUAGCAUACCGGGAGACGAGGAACUGGUUCCGACACCAUCACGACGAGUUCGAUAACGUCCAGAAACGGUGGGAAGCAACUAGGUACAGUGCCAUUUGUUUACACAUAAUCACCAAAUUGGAACGAGGGGCCGAGUUAUCAGCACUUACGGGAUGAAUACCUGUCGCUGCAAAACACUGCCGGCUAUCAGCUCGUAAAUAUUGACUUCAGCUGCUAGUAUCCAAAGAAAAGGGACCUUCUUUUCGCGCAAUUCACUGAGUUUUGCAUUCGUGCUAAGGUAGUGUGCCCCAAUGAGGUACCUGAACUGGGAAAAAUUCUGUUGGCAUUGCUGAACGUAUUGAAGACAUGCCGACUCAAUUCUGGCCUACGAUCAUGCCCAUCGACAUACAACGCGUCGCCUAGGCAAGCUGUUACGCAAUCUACAUGGAUGUGUAUACUGAGUCAGUAUAGAACUGGCGAACGAAUAGCUUGCUAGUCCAGUUUGAACAAAACAUACCCGACACGUUAUAUCACAACUAUCUAAAACUUGGAUUCCUCUAGCACCUAUCGCUCCUUCUUUUCUGCCAAGUUCAAACAAGAUUGCUUAGCAACAGUACAUACAAACCCCAUUCCAGUCUGCGACAGCGCCUAUUGUAGGCCAGUGGUACGAAACCGUUUUGACAUUUGCCACGAGUGCCAAAGGCAAUAAAGUACUCGAUCUACACGGAUACAGGCUCUGUAAGAAGAUAACAACCAAACACCUUACUUGGUGGUCUUGUAUAAGCAAGAACUGCAAGGCACGUUCCGCUACAAUCGGUGAGAGGUACCCUUCAGACUGACCUUGGAGCUUCGCAUAUUCCUAACUAUAGAACGAAAUCCUCUGCCACGUUUGUCCAUAAGUCGGUUGACCAAAGUCCGGAUCCCAUCGAGGUGCAUAGUGCACCUUCCACCUCCGGUACGAUCAAAUUCAUUCGCAGUCAGAAAAAGAAUGCCCAAUUGGUGUACAAGGGUUUCCUGUACAAUCGGAAAUUGACCCAGCAAAACGGCAAUACCACAUGGCGGUGCAUCGAAGUUACGAAGUUACGCUGCAAGUCGAUUUGCGUUACCAAAUUCAACAAAUUGAUACGCGCCAAACGGCAGCAUGCUCAUGAGAACUAUGAAAGUAAGAUCAGGAAUCGGCCGCUGUAUGACUACCCGGAAGAUUUGGAGGAAUAUCUGGACAUCUACUCAAGGGAUCCGAUUUCGGCGUCGCAGAAGCUGGACGUCAUCGACGAUGGAACCGAUUACAAGCUGGUCGUUCGGGAUACCAUCGAGGAAGUCGUGCAUGGAGCACCUGGGAGUCACAUAGGAGACAUGAUGGCAAGUGGAACGGAUACGUUCUAUGCGGCACCUCAAUAACACAUUCUAGUACUACAUUUAAAAUUUAACUUUGACAAUAAAACUGGAAAAAAGUCUGCGCAGGUUGAAUUUGUCUUAUUUCAUUUUUUUUAUUCGUGGAUUUUAACUAAAGGAAUUGACAAGGGCCUAAUGAAUAUCCAUUUCAGAUGAACUGUCUUCCUCGACGAAGAUGAUCCCCAAAGAUGACGAAUGCGUAGGUUCGUCGGAUCGAGUGUAUACAUUCCUAACCAGUCGACAGGGAGGCAUCCAUUUGGUUCACGACUGGUAUAUCUAUCGAUCGAACCUACGUCGAUGCGGCCGUAACAAAGACAUCAUCUACUGGGAAUGUGUGCACAACCGAGUAGAAAAAUGUCGCGGACGACUGAAAAGCGUGGGCGAUCAACUGCACAUUUCAAACUCGAAUAUACAACACAAUCAUGAACCGGACACAAUAAAGAUAGCAACGGCCAUGGCUUCCGGGCACAUCUCUUACAAAACGUUAUCUUCACUGGGAGCCGUGUCUACCACAAUUACGAUACGUGAACCGGUGUAAAAGUGAAUAAAAUAUGUUUUUUUUUAAUUGUUAUCACCUCAUUUUACUUAAUUUUAUUUCAACUAUUCAAAAACAAAGUUACAAUCGAUGAAUGUAUUUUUUUUCUUCUAGAUUUCAAAAUUGAGUGUACGGCGGUACAAUUCGUCCGAAGUAGGAAGGGCAAACCCCUAUUGUUGUACAAAGGCCAUCAGUACACGUUGAACCGUCGACGGAAACAGCUGGGCUACUGGGAGUGCGUUCACAGGCGUUCGAAGCUGAAAAGUUGUCCUUCUCGGAUAACGACGGACACCGUUCAGAUUAAACGUGUCAAGGGCGAACACGACCACAUGCCCCCGGAGAUGAUAGAAUAUCUAUUGGAUGACUGCAAUGCAUUUCUGAAAGUGGCACCGCCAGAAUAAAAGUUGAAUUUUUGAAAUGUUCGUUUCUCUGUUUGAUUUAGUUGAUAUAAGUAAAUUUGUGCUACCAGACCGUGAAUGUGAUUGAGAACGUUAAAUAUUUAAAAUUUUCACAUUCGAUCUUUACAGUUCUCAUUGAACGUCUGGUGGAGCCUGAACUAAUCAAAGAGGAACCAAACAAGUUGCUGUUCGUUCGCAGUCGUUGGGGACGCAAACUACUGAUCUAUGAACGAUAUGUUUUCUUCUCCAACAAACGGGUCGAGGCGACGAAUACCACCUACUGGCGAUGUACGUUUUCCAGCAAUCGGAAAGGCCCAAACCGCUGCUCGGUGCGAUGCAUUACUAGAGACAAUCGCGUUAUAAACUUUCACGGACUGCAUAAUCAUUCGGAAGAAAUGUCCAAACUGCAUGGAAGGCAUGUCUUCGAUCAAUACAGUGUGUAUGAUCCAUGAAAACAUAAUAAAACAUGUUGAAAUGAAAAUAUGCCUAUCACUGUAGUACUAGAAUGUUAUUAUAUUGAUUGCAAAACGUCAUUUCCGACUACAGUAUUUAUGAUAAUUGAGUUUCAAUAAACAUGUUGAAAAAAAUCGAUCGAGUUUCACUACAGUACUAGAGUAUAAAUAAAUAAUUUCAAUCAUACUAAUAGAAUACGUUUGUUUGCUUAUCUGUGGCGUUUUAAGGUGCUUACUCGCAGGAGCUGAAGUUCAUCAAAAGCCCAUGGUCUACGCCGUGUCUGGUGAUCAAUGACUUCCUGUACAACUGUCACAGUACUAGAGGGAACAAGGUGUAUUGGCGGUGCCACAACUACUCUCGGAAGAAGAAGGAAGAACGAUGCAGGGCUAGAUGCGUGAUUGUGAAUGGCAGGCUGAGCGCUCUCACAGGAACGCAGCACAACCACGAUCCACACACGGAGAAAAUAGCCAAGAUUAGUCGACGUAACAAUAUGGUUGAUGAAGUACUAGAUGCAGCCAGGGCGGAUCCACCGCCGAGCUAUCUCACUAGUGGGCUUUACAGUUCAAGCUUUUUAUCCGGAGGUUCUACUUUGCUGGACAGCGGCUCCCCGGAUAUCGGUUUGAUAAAGAUCGACGUUUUGCCUAAAUUAGAAGACUACGGCUUGCCUGUUGAACUGUAAACAUGUAUUUUUAAGCUGAAUUUUUACCUCUGAAUCGCAAUAAUAAAUUAUCAAUGUUCGUGAAGCAAUACAAACCAACAUAUUUUCGUUGAUUAUUUAAAUUUUCAUCGUUUGAUUCUAGUACUGAUAAAACCAUUAUUUCUUUGUACAGUUUUAGAUUUCACCCCUGAUGAUGCCGCCGAGUGUCGGACCUUCAUAAGAAGCCAGCGUGGGGCUCCUCUGUUGGCCCUUGACAAUUUUAUCUACCGAUGCGAACGGGUUCGAAAAACGCGCUCCUAUUGGUUGUGCAUCCGUUACAAGAGCUCCAAGUGCAAUGGUCGCGUAGUCUGCCAAGGCAAUAAGAUUCUUAAACUGACAAAUCACUGCCACGCGAACGACGAGCAGCGCAUCAACUCGUCGAUUCUAGAGGAAACGGAUCUGUCCAGCAUCAAUCUGGAAGCGUGGUACAAGCAGACCAUGAUGCACAAGAAGCAUGAGUCGAAGCGAAAAUAAAAAAAUAUACAUUCUAGUACUUCAAUACCUACAUCGCUGAUUAUGAUUGAUAUGUCCCAAACUCAUGCUUUCUAUUCUAUUACUUCGCUUAUGAAACUAAUGAAAACUUUUCUCGUUGUAGCUUACAUAACGACUACUACCACCACAUCUAGUACUACACUAGUCGAAAGCCAGAGCGGAGUGCAGAGUGUCUACUAUCGGAACGAUUUGCGGGACCAGUUGUAUCCGGAAGCCGUGCAAUACAUCCGAAGCCGCCGUGGGCACCCGCUGCUAGUGUUCCGAGGGUACAAAUUUCGCCGGAAUGGCGGCUGCAAGGAGAAGGGCUACUGGCGCUGUGCUUCUUUUUGCAAGUGCCCCGGAAGGGUUACUACCGUCGAUGGGACCAUUGUUAAGUACCACGUACACAAUCAUGAACCGCCUUUCAAAGAAUCCGCCGAGUUGUUCUAGGAUUGGUGGAGGCACAAUUUCGAUCAAAUGUAUCAUAAUGAAUGAUUAUGAUGAACCACAUAAUAAAUCUCCUUUAGAAUAUUUUAUAGACCAUGAUAAUUUUGUUAUCAGAGCAGAAGUUAGAAUCAGUUGAGUAAAUUGCGUCUUCUGUUCUUAUUUAUAGAAUGGGAUCAUCAAGGUUUCCGGGCGCUGGAGAAACAGGUGUUCCUUGCCCACGACAUUGCUAACAGUUGGAUGGCCAACGAGCAAAUCAGUUACUGCCAGAGCCAACGUGGAAGGCCUUCGCUUAUAUUUCUGGGCUACCGGUUCCGUCGAGAGAUGGUGAAGCAAUACAAAACCUACUGGAGAUGUCUGGUGGACAAAUGUCCCGGACAGAUGAUAACAAUGCUUCCAGGGGAUACGGUAAUGCGCUAUCGGAUACAUAAUCACCCGUCCAGUUUCUAGAAAACGAUCAAAUAAAUUCCGCUUUAUUUAAGAAUACAAGUUCAAGCGUUGAUCAGCUUUCUCAGUUUUAGUGAGCAGUUCAACCAAAAGCUUCUAAUAACAUAUUGUUUAAUAUCAGUUCCAGAAUCGAUGAAACCUUCACCGCACAAAUCACAAGGCAUUUCAUUUACGGUACAAACGCAUCCGCCGAGUCCAAUAGUCAAGCCGCCACUGGAACAGUGGAAGAACGUAGGGUGUCCGGCAGCUGAGGCGCCGUCUACUAUGGUUCCACUGCACAGCGGCAGCGCCGUCUUUAUCUCGACGAUAGAUCUCGUAAAUAUCUACACUCCGAAAGCGGCACUCUAUACGGCACGGUUGAUUGACGUCAUUUUCGGACGGCAAACACUGCUAAAGGCCUGUGUGACCCGAACGGAGAAUUCCGGCGAUUUGGUCCCGCUAGAUGAGGACAAACUGAAAUCAGUUAUAGUACAUGUGGUGCAUGUUUUCAAGAAACAACACGUCGAAAUUUCCGAAUCACUCGUGCUGGGCUACAUCCGGAACCGCCUCUGUUACCUUCAGAGUUCAAAGAAGUACUAGAAUCCGUUUGCCAUAACCUAUUAUGAAAAGAUAAAGUGGAUUAAAUGCGUUAUUUUCAUAUCUAUUCGUUUUUUUCUGAUAUUGUUCAACAAGAUUGUAAGCAACGGAACUCGAAUAAUAACCAAUUUCUCUUUUUUUAGAAAUGGAUUUCCGUUUUGAGCUGUCUUCUAGUGGAGCUCGCCAGCUGGUAUGGAAGGGCUACGUUUACCACAAGAAUACGUCGACCGGUAGGUGCACCUAUUGGCGCUGUGCACACGCUGCCCGACUAAAAUGCAAGGCGACCGUGGUAACGGAGUAUGGCGUGAUGGUGCGGGUCAAGAAUCCCUAUCACAAUCAUCUUCCAAUGAAGCGACUGGUGUACGGCAUGGGAAAAAAUCCGAAAAGAAACCUGAAAAACCAGAAUCUUAUCAACAGCUAUAGGAGGGUUGAAUAAAGACUAUGAUGGAAUAAAGCUGCCUAGUUUACCGUUGAUAGAUUUUCCCUGAAUGUCGACGCUGAAGGUGCUCACAAUGAUAUCUAAAUCUCGUUCUUUCCUCACAGCCAUCUUCGUUGCUGUCAGUACUAAACAACAGUUGCUUAAACUGCGCAACAAGAUUUAUCUGAAAACAAAGGGACGAGCUUACCGGAGCUUCUUCUCUUGCAUAGAGUACAACUGUCCCGGCCAGGUUAUGUUCCACGAGUUGAAAGGAGGCCAACUCAAAAUUAUGGCCGAACAUAACGACGACUGCACGUGCGACUACUAUAAGGAUCGUCCAGAGGAACACUUGGGCCAGCUUAGCAAAGCCGAACUGACGAGACUGGAAGAAACGUUGAUGAGCAAAGACUUCGAUGAUACCUGGGUGGAAAUAUAAGUGAAGUCUAGCUUUUAUUUAUUUUUUAAUUUUUAAAUGUAGCGUGAAAAAUCAGGGAGUUCAUCUUUUGUCUGCGGAGCAUCCUAUCGUAGCUUUCCGGUGAAAGUACAUUUAAAAAAAAAGAGAACCAUUGUUUUGAACCAAACAUGUGUUCUUUUUAUUUUUGGCUCCCUCGUUCUUAUUUCUCCCAUACAUGCUCAUUCGAAUAAUCUUGUACUGCGCACGCAUAAUCACAGACUGUUAUUGCAGAUCAUCGGCAUGUCAAACUGAAAGUAAAUGAUUUAUUCUUACUCAAAACCCAUGACAUAAUUAAUCUAGUACUGCACAUUGUAACAGACACAAAUGCAACCUGAAAAGAUUCGUCUCCCAUUAAUAAAUGCUAUGAAAUCAAACAAAACGUCUGCUAAUCUAGUACUGCAUGUUUUUCUAUCUUCCGCUACUGAUCACUAGUUUACAUUUCUCUGCAGCCACGGAACUGGACUCUAAACAACCACUGAUGGUCCUUAGUAGAGCCGGCACGUUGCAGCUUCGUUACCAAGGUCACACAUUUAACAAACAUGUAACUCGUGGCGAAAAAGUCUACUGGAGAUGCAGUCAGUACCUGGUGUACCGGUGCAAAGUGCGCAUUCAGACCAUGUUGGAUGAGUUCUCCAUCAGCAAGAAUGAUCAUAAUCAUCCAGUAGUAGUGCGGCCUCGCGCGUACGGAUCGCUGAAGCUGUUGAAGCAACGGUUGGGCAACAUUAGAUCGUGAUACUAAAUAAAUAUGACAAAAGAUCUACAAUUUAAUGGUUUAUGAUACCGAAAUUCUCUCGCAUUUUUGUAUUGUGACAGUGCACUCAGCCGAUCAUCUCAUUCUUGUCUUCUAAUCGAGUGAUUCUAAUUUUAGCUGCAACGUCAUACGCCCUACCAAUCAACAGACCAGAGUUUGAGUUCCAAAGAUCGACACAACGUGGCACUCACUUGCUGAUGGUCAACGGAGUGAAGUUCUUUCGCAAUCGCCAGCGAAACGAUAAGCAUUACUGGAAGUGUCAUCAGUACUAUAAAUGCAAGUGUCCUUGUAUGGUCGUCAUCAAUGAGACCACGUCCAAUAUCACUGUAAAGUACAGACACAAUCACGACGAAAGUUUGACGUCAUUUGAUUCUAGUACUACAGCAGCUCGAGUUUAUCCAAAUAAGCGCAUCAAAUAAACAUUUUUGCAAGAUAACAUGUGUUUUGUCUUGAUAAUAUUUCGCCUUUUGGUCCUUACCAUUUCUAACCGUCAAACCUACUACCUUUCAGAAAUCUACUUCACGAAAUCGAGCCAAGGCCGUCCGGCAAUCAUUAUCGAUGGCGUCAAGUAUCUGUUCAUGUCGGAGAAUCACAAGCGAGUAGUUUGGCGGUGUUCGUCAAUGGCCACCAGCAAGCUCAAAUGUCCAGCGCGGAUAUUGCACUACAAGAACCCCGAGCGCUUUGUCAUUCACCGGGAAAAGCACAUCCAUGCGCCUCUGAAGCGUCACAAGGUGGCUUUCAUCGCUCAAGAAAUGUUCACAGUUUUGGAUUGAGAAGUACGUGUCGAUAUCACAGCAUGUCGUUUGGAAAUAAAUUUUAUAGUUUUAUCCCUGUGCGUUUGCUUCGACCGUUCUAGUACUUCGUUUUGGAAAAAUUUAAAUAUUCACGCUUUACUUACAGUUUUGCAACUUUCUUUGUAGAGUACAAGCACCAUCUGUCCGUGACGAGCAGUAAUGGCCAGGUGCUUACCUAUCGCAGCAGCCAGAAAGGUCGGCUACAGCUGUCGUGCGAUGGAUUCUACUACGUCAAGGAGAAAACCGUGAAGCAGAAGGAGUACUGGCGCUGCAUCUAUUACACCACGAAGAUCAAAUGUCAUGGGCGAUUACACACCUUGAACGGGGAAAUUCACCACAGUACGCCCCACAAUCACGUGGCCGGAGUGUUCAAACGAUCCGACUACAAUCGUCUUUCGGAAAUUAUGAUAAAUACGGAAUCGGAUAUUGCCGGACAGCCGUCGACACAAUCUAUCUGUAUAGAAAGUGUAACUAAAGUCGAACGAUACUGAAAAUAAAUCUUUAAGUUUAGUUAUAAAUAUUUGUUUUGACUUCGGAGUUGGUCGUAGAGCGCUACUGAAGGCGAACCAAAUCGAAACCAAUUAGUACUGACUUAUUUGUUUGGUUCGCCCUAUUUUUAGGAUCCACCACAAUGACGGUGAUGGACACGUUGGACGUACCGGCUAUCGAGUUCAGCAGAACGCAGCGAGGUCGCACCAUGCUGAUCUACGACGGGUACAAAUACGUGGAAAAUCGUCAGAGCAACAAGAACGUAUUCUGGCGCUGCUCAAAAUACGUCAAGUAUGCCUGCCGGGCGACCUGUGUGACGUCCAAGAGCCCGAGUGAAUGUCCUAUUCGGCUGGCUGGCAAUGCCCACUCGCAUGGGCCGGAAAAAAUGUUGGACAGUGACAAAAUUGAACCCUCCGAUGAAUCCGACAUUCAGUUCCGGUUGAUGCAUUUGUACUAGAUACGCUUGUUGAAUGAAGUACUACAUUUUUAGCCGAAAUGCAACUAUUUAUUGGAAGUAAAUUCAAAUUGCUAAAUUUCAGAAAUCAAAUUGCUAAGGCAUUUCACACUGUCGAGUUACCAGUUCUUGCAUUAGAAAAUGUGAGCACGCCAAUCUAGUACUACAUUUUGAGGAAAAUUUUCUUUCGAAGGUAGUUUAUCAAAAUUCUUAAAUGAAAUCUUGUCAUUAGCGGUUUAAUUUCUAAGCAGAUGAAUCUAGUACUGCAUCGUGAGAUAUAUGUACAAAAUAUAUUGCUAUUUAUAUUGAAAUAAACUUUCGCAUUUGCAGAUUUGAUUAAUGAUACUCGUUUUGAUGAAGAUCCACCUGUUGGUAUCUCAAUAACGAUCUUUUGUACUUUCAGUAACAAACCAAUUCGUGACAGCUUCAUCAAAGACCGCCAAACGGCGAAGACUUGCAACUGGAAGUGUUCGCUGUUCCGAAGGAUGAAAUGUCGUGGGCGAGCCAUUACCAAAAUCGCCGACGGUAAGCACAUGAUGAGGAUUACCCAUGAGAAACACACGCACAGUCGGGAUGAGUAUCGAAAAGAGAUGUAAGGCACGUAAUCAUUAAAAAUGCAAGAAGCUGGAGUCGGAGGACAAACCCGAAUCAAUAACAAAGUCAUACUAGCGAGGCGGACAUUAGUAGCAGAAUGCAAGUUCUCAAAUACCAAAAGAUCCCCCGAGCUUUAGGGCAGCUCAGUUCGGUUACACCCAACGUGGAAAGAUGAUGCUCCUGUACGAUGGUUUCGCCUACAUCAAAGAUCGUGAUGCCCGGAACAGCUGCAACUGGAAGUGUUCGCUGGCCGGAAAGCGAAAAUGUCGCGCCAGAGCCGUUACCAAGACGGCCAUUGGACGCCAAAUGAUGAAAAUUACCAACCCCAAUCACAACCACGACCGAAAAGCGUAUCGAUUCGAUACGGUGAAUUUGUUUUCCGACAAGAAAUAAAGUUAUCAUUUGUGCAUUGUACUGCUUAGUGUUUCAAUCGAUAACUAUACUGCGGUAGACAUCUCUAUGUGACUGUUGGAGCUAACUGUGUUCUUCAUCAUUUUAGAACUAUUCGCUAAUGCAUACUUUGGAAAAACUCGUCGCGGUCACCAAAUGCUUCUGCAUGAAAAUUACAGCUACGUGCGGGAAAAGCAGAAGCAAAGUACAACCAACUGGAAGUGCUCCUGGCAUGUCAAAUUUCGCUGUAAGGCGCGAGCAGUGACGAAAGAAAUCGAGGGUCAGCAUUUUGUUCGAAUAACCUGCGGUUUCCACACUCAUCCUCCGAACAAUGGCUCCAAGUCUGGUGAUGCGUCGAAACACUACCACGAGAACUAUUAGACAGUGGAAAAUGGUACCAUGGUAAACUACGACCACACAUUGGCUCUGUUCAACCGAAGCAUUUGAAAUUAUUUUGUUAAUCAUACAUUGCCAGAAUAAACUUUAUAUACAAAUUGAAGCUUUUUACACUUAUACGAACAUCCGUUUGUGUUGAUCUAGUACUUCACCAUGUAAACUUUAUAUUCAAACUUAUUUUUGACACUCAUACGAACAACCCUUCGCGUCGUUUAAUCGACUGAUCUAGUACCCCAUCAUGUAAAAUAAUUAUCUUUCCCUCUUUUAGAUGACAUGCAUGGCUUCUCGCAACGGGCUCACUAUGAGUUCACGUCCAGAGGAACGCAAUGUCUAGUAUACGAUGGUUAUUUCUACAGCAAAAACAAAACAAAUGAGGGUGGCGUCCGGGUCAACUGGAAGUGUCGUUACUACCAACGGUUCAAGUGCAAAGCACGAGCACUCACUAAAACAAUCAACGGCUGUGACUAUGUGAAGGUCUCCAGUACGGAGCACACCCACAUGCAAGAGAUGUACUGUAAAGACCUGCGACGGAAGCGGCGUAGAGCUAUACAAACAGGAUCGUUAGACUAUCAAUUCCUGGGCUGAAGAUCUGUGUGACCAAUAAUAAAAAUAUCUUUGUGGAAAACAUAUUCUUUAAUGACUCUGAUUGCUUGUUCGCUUUAGCUAAGCUAGAUGGGACAGAUUAUUUUUAUGCUGAUUUAUUUGGCUGUUUUUUUCAGGAGGGGCUGACAAAACAGCGGAUCUGGAAAUGGCACAGUUUGGAUCAACCCAGCGGGGGCGACCCCUUCUAGUACAUCAAGACUACACGUACAUCCGCAAUGGAGAGUUUGGCGGCACAAUCAAUUGGCGCUGUUCGGCCUACCGAAGACUGAAAUGCAAAGCCAAAGCCAUAACGGUCAAGCACAAUGGCGUGGAGUUCGUAAAACUAUCCUAUGCCUUACACAGCCAUGGCCCCAAGACUGGAAGCGAUCAGCAGUGGAAGCAUGAGUCGGAAACGGUUGAUUUCCUGCGCUGUGAAGAGGAUGAAGAAGCCAUGAUUAAGUGUUUCUUAGAAAAUUGAGAUACGUUGAAUAAAAUCGACAAACUUAGAUGUAUUUUCUAUGCAUUUAUUAUCCAUUCUAGUACUACACCUGAGUGUUGUCAUUCACAUUAUAUCAUUUUAUCUCCUAUACAGGUAACAUUAUUUAUGUGCUGUCGAAACGAGGCACUAAGCAUCUGUUCUUCGAUGGCAACACGUACACACCGAAUGAGAGACCCUAUCCCGGUCAGCGUUCUAGGACGUGGAAGUGUACGUUGUACUACCGAUUGAAAUGCCGAGCCCGUAUCGUUACCAGUGAAGCCAACGGGCUACCCAAGUUGCGUGUGGUAGUAGCCGAACAUACCCACGAAAAGCUGUUUCCCCAUUUGAGCGAGAAAUUCCGAAGUCUAUUCUAGAUCAACGAAGACACAUACCAAAAUCUAGUCCAUCACCGAUUGAUCUCUAUUUUACUCUAGUCUUAUUAAAUUUUAUCGAUUUAGAAAUAAAUGUUCGUGUGCUUAGAUGAUCCGAGUUUUUGGAAGGUUUCAGCUCGUAAUUCUUUUGUCAUGUGUGGUCAGAAGAAUCUAAUCAUUACUGUUUCUCAUUUACUUCUAGACCCGUACGACUGGGGUCCGCUUAGUGCGAUUCGAUUCGUUCACUAUCCGAUUAAAAGCAAAGUGAUAACGAAACUUUUCCAUCAAGGGUUUUCGUACUACCGGAGCAAGCAGGUUAACCAGGCCACCUAUUGGGUGUGCGAUCGUACAAAGCAAAGCAAUUGCCGAGCUCGGAUCACAGUUUUCGAAGAUCAAAGAGUGUACAAAGUGACAAACUCACAUCACACACAUGACCCAAUGUAUACAAAGCUUUGUUUCUAAUAAAUUCGAGUAAUUCAUCAUCCCGUUCUACUACUUCAUCCUUUCUAUUGAUUAUUUUUUAUUAUUAGUGUUGAUAACUUAUCUAUCUUCUAGAAAUCGAUUACAUUCCGCCGACUUCGUUGGUUGCCACCAUCAGACCCGACAUCAGUGUAGUACCAGAACAGUAUUUGGUGAAACUAGAACAAGAGAUUCACAUUUCCACCGUGGUUGGUCAACGAGGCAACACAAAGUUGCUGAUCGAAGGAUACACGUACAUUGUCAACAAGAGAAGUAACGGAAAAUGCUAUUGGGGUUGUGCUAAAGCUGUACCCUUCCGUUGUCGCGCCCGACUGAUAACAGAUGACAUCAACUUCUACGAUGUGACGUUCAAAAAUCUAGUACACAAUCAUCGGCCGAACGAAACUAAACGACGAUAAAAACUAACAUCAGAUUUCUGGAUAUGAAAUAAAGCCAAAUUCUUGAACACUAACAGUUUUCUAUGUUUUGUGAAGUACUAGAUUGAUUUGUCGAACUUUUUUUCUAUCAUCUAAUUCGAUUUUAAAUCUACUUUCAGUGAAGAAAGCACGCCUGUCGGGAGUGCUGAAUCUUGCCGCAUGGACAUUUACACCCGGACAACGAGGUAAACCCAAGCUGGUGAUCGAAAACAAUUCCUUCUUCCGCACCAAAGGGGACACCCAGCGCUCGUACUGGUCCUGUUCGGCGUACAAAUCAAAGAAGUGCAAAUGCAAAGUAGUAACCCAUCGGAAUAGUUUGGUCGUAAAGUACACUCACAAGAGUCAUACGCAUCCGAACGAGUACAACGAUCUGUCCAAGAUCAAUUUGAUCGAUGUGGACAUCAACGAAUUUUACGAUAAACCGGUCGGCGGUGCCGCCUUUGAAGUGAAGAAAGAACCAUCCCUUUAAAUGUUGUUCUAUAGGAUUCCGAAUAAAGUGUCUGUUUUGUAACACAAGCUAGAUCGGUAACCACAAGUAGUUCUUGAGUUUAAAACAAAAAUAGAAUAACUCUAUUUUCCUAUGAAAUUGUAAAAGUUUCCCCUUUAUUCGUUUAUAGGUAAAUCAAGAUUUUAAGGAAUUAUAACCAAGUGACCGUGUACGCCCAUGAUGGUUUUGGACGGAUACAAUCAAUUUAAAAUACAAUCUUGCCUUUUCCAAAUAUCAGUGCUACUAACAAUUGCAUACUCAUUUUUUUUUUUUUAGAAAAGAAUAACUACGGAGCGACGUGGAGCGGACCUGGUGUGAUGGUUAGAACACAUGACUAUCACGCCGAGGACCUGGGAUCGAAUCCCACUCCCGACAAAACUCACAAAAUGUGGGUUCUUCCUUCGGAAGGGAAGUAAAACGUGGGUCCCGAGAUGAACUAGCCUAAGGCCUAAAAAUCUCGUUAAUACAGAUAAAAAAAAACUACGCAGCCCAGUUUGAAUUCGAGGGCAGAGAUGUGAUGUGAGAUGUGAACUCCAUACAAAAAUAAAUAUCAUCGUCUUAUUUUUGCAUGAUUCGUCGAGAAAUGGUGAGUCUUUUUUUACGCGGUUUUUUGAAUUUUGAACUGAGUUUUUUUUUACGCGGUACGUAUCUCCCGCGUAAAAAAAAACCUGACUGUACGGUUUCCCCAAGCUGCGCCUGGAUGGGUACAUUUACUUGCGCAAUGUCAAAAAGAGCGGAAAAGUCUACUGGGUGUGCGAGCGAGCAAGGAAGACCAAAUGCAAGGCACAAGCUAUAAUCUAUCGAGAAAAAAUACGUAUCAUAAUCAACGAGUUCGACCACAAUCACCGACUGGGGAAAAUGUAAAUAUACGUUGACUUUGCAUAAAAAAGGUAAAAAGUACAUUAUCUCAUGAUGAUGCCCUUAUCCCCCUGUGCGGCAUUCAUAGUGAACAGCUGUAUGGUACGAAUGCAGAACACAAGCAAUAAGCGUUAAAAUUUCGGUUCAUUUCUAAUGAUAAAUCAGGUUCAAAGACCAUUGUCAUAGAAUUGAUGUCAUGCAUGAUAAACAUCGAUUAUCUCCUAUUGAUUCAGUCGUGGCUGUACACAAUGAACAUCAUUGCAUUCAUCGUGAACACCAGUAUAGCGCGAAAGUAAAACACUAGCAAUGUCCGCUAAACAUCCCAUUCAUCAAUUUCAGAUAAUACGAUUUGUGUUCCGUUUGAUAAUUCGGACGUAGCAUUCACCAUCAGUAGGCAGGGAAAACCGAAAAUGAUCUUCCGUGGCCACACUUACCUACGGAACAGCAGCAACGCUCAGAAGACCUACUGGAUAUGUGCUGCGGCCCGGGAACGAAAGUGUCGAUCCCGUGCCAUUACAACCAAAGGCUUGCGCCACGUAACUAUAAGAGAAACGGCGCAUAAUCACUGACUUUGUGAACUAUGGCAAUAUCAAUAAAAAGAAUAGAUAAAAGUUGUUAGUUUUGAUUUUAUCAACUUUUGCAUUCGAAUAUCUGUAUGGAUUGCCAAACUAAUUGCCUUCGGUGUUUGUUUCAGAUCCAUCGCGAAAGUACAAGGAGCUGGUAUUUGUUAGCGGUUUAAGGGGAACACCGAAGCUAAUCGUGGAUGGGUAUUCGUUCAUUCGCAACAAAGGAAAUUUCCGGACCACAUAUUGGCGCUGUUCGAAGCUUCGUACGAUGGGUUGCAAGGCCAAAGUAAUAACCUCUCAGUUGGACAACAAGGUGUCCGUUACCGAUCCAGUUCAUUGUCAUAUGCCCGACUAUCGACAAUAUAUCUGAAAUUAUUUGUUCAAUAAACAGAAAAGAAAAGCAAGUUGAUGAUGAAACUGCCUUAUUAGGUUGUCAGAUGCAGUACUAGAUCACGAAUCUCACAGCUUAAUUUCCAUUUUUCUCGUCUAGACUAUUGGGUGGAGCUCCUGGCGGAUAAACCGGCGGUAAAUUUCACUUACGUCACCGGUCAGCGUGGAAAACCGAAAAUAUUGUUUGACAAUCAUACCUACAUUUGCUCGAAACAUCUAAAGAAUCGCAAAUACUGGACUUGUGGCAAACAACGAUCGCAAGCGUGCCGGGCACGUCUUAUCACCGAUUCGGACAACACGAUGCUGCUUGCACGCCAGCUUGAGCACACCCAUCCUCCCGAUAUGGACAUUAUCACAAAAUCUAUGUUGUACUGCCAGAAAUAAAUCGACGCGUUGUUCAAAGUUGAAACAUCUAGUACUUCGUGUUUAGUUUAUUUUACUUCAAUUUGUUUUCAAAUUCUUGUACCAUUCGCUAACAAUUCCAUUGUCUUUUCCAGAUCUUAAUUCGCUCAUCGAGUUCGAGUUUAUGACCACUCCCUCUCCCACGCCGCGCAAAUCCCCUUCUCCUCCGACUCAUAUCGCUAGUCGACCAAACAGAUCUAGGCGCCAGCGUAAAGCCGAAUCAAUCGUAUUGGACGAUCAACCUUUGGUGCUGUUCACAUCACAACGGGGGAAGCACCUUCUAGUGUUGGACAACUAUACUUUCUCCAGAAACAACACCGUUGGAAAAACGACAUACUGGGCGUGCCGAGUGGUUACCGAUCACGUCAAGUGCAAAGCCCGAGCUAGUACUACUCGCAAGGUUAAUGGCCUUUUUCGAGUUAUGCUUGGUAAUGCGACACAUAACCACCUGCCAAAAAUGUCACGCAAGGUCCUACUCGAAUGCGGUGUCGAGCCCAAUGUGUUUUAUUUGAAGAGUUGAAUAAAGUGUGUAUUGAAUGCUUGUUUAUGAUUUUUCCAACUUCGGAAUUUCUUACUAAUACGUACUACUAAUCAGCGGUUAUUUGUAUUUCGUUCUAGUACUGCAUACUCAUACGACAUCGACUGGUGUCAGGAAUAUUCGGAAGCCGAAUGCAAGGAGAGCACGUAAAUCAAAACCGGAUAAUAUCGACAUACCGGAAAUAUUGAAGGGACCGUCGGAGAAAAUGAUUUUGCAAACAUGCAUUCUCGGUGGAAUGAAAGUCUUAUAUCAGAACAACUACUUCGAGUAUCAUUAUUCCAAAAGUGGAGUGAAACUCUACCGGUGCGUUGCUUUUGCAGAUUUGCAAUGUGAAGCUCGAGUUCUGGUGCAGAACGGGCUAGUUUAUUCGAUUAACGGAGAUCAUUGUCAUUUGAAUGCUGGACAAUAAAAGAAAACUGUCCUUUUAUUAAUCAAACUACCAAUCAGUAUGGACUGCAGUACUAGAUUUGAUAGUUCUCAACGUUCUUUUUGAUUUUUUUUUGUGAAUAUUUCCAGGCGAUUUAUUACAAUCAAUGGAAGACUACAGUCAGAUUCAAACUACAUUUGAAAUGCCACAUCCGGAGAUGGCUGGAGUAUCUGUACUGUAUCAGCGUGAGCCAGUCGAAAAAGCUGGCGACAAAAAACUCAAUAUUUACACGACAUCAUCACUCAUACUGAAUAAACUAUCACUCGGAUCAGGAUCGCAUGCCAAAUCGCUUCCAGGGACAAUCUCGAAACCAAAGUCGCACAAGUCGUUGAAUGUACAGCAUAUCACUGCUACCGGGACGCCCUACGAUUUGGUAAACGUUCCUACCAAGAAGGGUGGUGUCGGGGUUCAGCACGAUGGACACCACUUUGAGUACCAUUUUACUCGCAGUGGACAUAAGAUUUACCGGUGUGCGUGGCACUUGAAGGAACGGUGUCCAUCGCAAUUGUUGGUGUUCAACAGAAAGACCUAUGUCAUUUCUGAUGACCACUCGCAUACAGAAGUGGCCCGAAUGAGUGAGGACAUUUUGGCUAAGACAGUAGCCUGUUAGUGUAGUCUUCAAAACUCCACGUAUUUUAUGUGCGUUUUUCCAAAUAAAGCAUAUUAAAUUAGGGCACCCCACGGUAUAAAUCAAAAGUUAAUUGUGUUUCAAAAAUGCAGUACUAGAUUCCUAUUUGAGUUCGUCGUACAUAUUUAUAAUCAAGUGAUUCAUUCUGCUCAAUUCACUUUCUGACAAAUAUACUGUAUUUGAAGCUUAUUUCACAUUUCCUAGUAUUCUAUUACCCUUGGAAAAUUUAGAAAUGAGUUUAGCAAUCGUAAACAUGAAUCAACAAUGCAAAGUUCAAUUCUGGAGUUAUUUGAAACGCAUCUGAAUCGAAUCAGAAUGUUGAAUAACUGCGACGUAUAUGACUAAUCGCUAAAUAAUUCCCAUGGUUCAGUUCUAGAUAAUCUCCAAUCGGGACCGCUUCCGCCGAUUCACUACCACACGACAAAAAGAGGAUCUCUUCAGCUGGAAAUGGACGGCUAUCGAUUCACAAGAAUGAAAGUGCUGCAAACCACCAUUCACUGGUCUUGUUUGCAAACAAAGGCACUUCGCUGUAAAGCCCGAGCCGUAACCAAUAACGACCUGCAGGGUACUAUCCGGAGGUACGUCAACUACCACAAUCAUCCGCCUAGUAUGCGACGUCGCCAGCAUGGGGAUUUGCAGCGGAUCAAAGAGGAUCGAAUGACUGUGAAAUCGAAAAAACAGUGAUAUGGUGAAUUGUUAGUCAAGUUAGCAAUUGUUUCGAUGGAAUAAAAUUGUUUUACUUUAUACACAUAAGCGUUCAUUUCUAUUGUGCUGAGGUUUACUCUGUAUGGCUACUUCUAAAGUAUGCUGAAUUUAACUAUUGCAGAUAUUAGUCGGAUCGAGGCCAACUACGUUUCCAGUAGAAAAGGAACUCCUCAGUUGAUGAUCGAUGGUCACUGCUACAGCAGGCAAAGGGUUCGCUUACGAACUAUUCGAUGGCGUUGCGUGCAGUUUAAAGCUUUACAUUGCAUGUCACGGGCGACAACCGAUCGUCAAAAAGGCGGUCAGAUCAUUUCAGUCGAUGGAGAACACAACCAUGAAGUCAUCAAAGAGCGGAGGAAGAAUGGCGAACUUCGAGAGCUGCUGGCCAGGCGACAUGCUGAACGAACCAGCACCUGUGUCAAUUUAAAAGUUGAAGAUAAAGACAGAUGAAUAAAUCAGUCUUUGUAUGCUAUUCCAUUUUCGCUUUUUAUGCAGUACUAGAAUGUGGCGGUAAAAUAAUCUGUGAAGAUAAAUUGAACGUUUCAAUCUUCUAUACAGAUUGCUACACAUACGAAGAGCUGGUUGUGCACGCUAAACUGAGCAAGAGAGGCAAGGUUCAGCUGAUGAUCGACGGGUUUUCGUUUUCGCGUGAAAAGGUUCGUCCCAGUGAAGAGAAUUGUCGGACAAAAGAAGCACAAAACAAGCAACAAAGAAGACGCAGCGAUUACUCUUUAUCCCAACUUGUAACAGAUAAUGACAUGAUCUCGAUUUUUUUUGUUGCAGACAAAACGGAAGCUGAAUUUGUUGCGUACUUUUCAACUCGUGAAUAAUCAAUAAUUACUAACCCAAAAUCAAAACUUUUUGAUGAUACAUCUUCAACAGCGUUGCAGUGUUUACCGACUCGAAGUUUCCGCUCGAAAAUCACAAUGCAAGGCUUAAAAAUCUCUAAACUCGUGGUGCACGAUCUUUGUCCUAUUAUGUGCAAGUUGGGACAAACCUAUGUCGCAUUGGGUAGAAUGUCGCAACAAAUUCAGGUUGCGACAUUGUCGUUAUUGUUGCACGAUGGUUGAAUUUUGAUUCACUGGUUCGUCCGCAUACCAUUCGAUGGAUUUGCAAUCAAGCAUGGGUUUUGAACUGCAAAGUUCGAGCUACCAGUGAAAAAAUGAGUGGAAAGCUAAUAUCGGUCCGAGGAGCGCACAACCAUGAAGUUGUCAGCAGUCGGCGAAAGUGGGGUCAAUGUAAAUUCAUCAAAGAACAAUACGAGAGGGAUUCGGAGCAGUCAGUGGAACCUCCACGUAAAGGAGGAAGACCCAAAAAGCAAUGGCAACUAUAGGUUGAGAAAGUGUAAUUUCUAACAAUAGAUACACUAUUAAUAUAUUCAUUACGUGCUUUCCUUUAGUGUGUUUUAGUAAGAGUUUAGUUAGAAAAUUUCAUCAUUUGUAAAAUUUCUUUCAGACAACUUUUCGUACGUAAUGAGUAUUGUGCUGACUUCUGCAGUUAUUCUUUCCGCCACGGAAUCCGACUUGGAAUAUGAUGAAUACGAUUUGUUAUGAUAAAUAUAUAUAUUUGCAAAUCACACACAUAUUCUUUUCUCAAUUGUUAUUCUAGCUCUAAAAGACGAUUUGACAAAGUCUUAAUUUUAUGUGUUUCAGUUCCGAAGGACGUGGCCUACAUAAUGACGAGCCGAGGAAUACAACUAACGGUCAACGGGUACAUAUUCUCUCGUCAAAAAGUCUCCACGCACUGCGAAAUGUGGCGCUGCAUGCUUUCGUACUCUCAUAGGUGUCCAGCCCGGGUAAGCACGUACAAACCACGAAACGGUCAGGGUGCUCGAAUUUCUCUCCGAAACCAGCACAACCAUCCGAUCGGCGCGACCAGUCGCAAGUAUAAGAAACCAGCAGUAAAUAAAUCACCCAAGUUGCCAAAAGCUCUCAGCGUAAAUAAACCAAAGACCUCCACAGAGCAGUAGCAGUAUAGUUAACAUUAACAUUCGCAUCGCAAAUAUAAGAUUUAAAAAAUCAGUGUGAUCCUUUCCGUGUAGUACCAGAUCUAGCUUGGUGGUUAUGUUUUGAUGUUGAUUAACUACUUUUCAUUUCUAGAAAUCAGUGACAUAUCUUUCGUGGUGACCAGAAGGGGUCGAAUGCAGCUGUCUGUCAGUGGAUAUCUUUACACCAGAGAUAAAACACGAGGGGAUUCACAGUUUUGGGCGUGCAACCAAUCAAAAGUGUUGAACUGCACUGCACGGGCCACUACACACAAGGUGCAAAAGAACGGCUCACCGGGAAUAACUCUACGAGGACAGCACAAUCAUGAAGUGGUCACAGAACGACGAAAAUCCGGAGCGCGUGCCCGUCUGAUCGAGAAAUGCCGGAAAGAACGUGGUCUUGUACCUUGAUGUCAGUAGGAAAAUGAUAUUAUAUAGUUUUGUUCUUACCAAACAAGGGACACCCAGCUAUAGGAAAAUGGAUUUAUAUACAUGAGAGUCAAGGCUCUAGGAGCAAUGUUCCAAAGAGAAUGCCAAUAGGACAUAUCGGUGAAGUACUAGAUUUGUAGUAAUGAGCUGAAUUUUAGUAUGGUGAGAAGGUCAAUUCUCCGUUUCUGCAAUGAAAUGGUACAAAAAGCGUGGAUAUUAUGAUUCCUUGCCUAAUUUGAUGCUGUUUGAGCAAAACUUUAGACAACAGUGUUGUUGUUUUCUCCAUUUUCUGCAACAUAAACAACAUGUUAUCCAAAAUUUUGCUCAAACAGCAUCAAAUUAGGCAAGGAAUCAUAAUACCCACGCUUUUUGUACCAUUUCAUUGCAAAAACGGAGAAUUGACCUUCUCACCAUACUAAAAUUCAGCUCAUUACUACAAAUCUAGUACUACACCGAAUGUGCCCCAUUCAAUCACAUGAUCAUCAACGAUCGACGCCAAGCCGGUCAACGAGCCAAACUUGUGGAGCAAUGUAUUCACGAAAAAUGCUUGAGGCGAUAGCGGUGACAUAUAUUCUAGUACUUUAUCGUUUCAAUGAUAUUAAUAAAUGCUGUUACAUUUUGAAUGCCUAAUGUGUUUUGCUCUAGUACUACAGUUAAAAUGCGUUGCAAUUCUCAUUACUGAAAAUUUUUUCCAUUAAUUCAGAUAUCUCAUUCGUCAUGAGCAAACGAGGUAAAACUCAACUUUGUGUCGAUGGAUUUCUCUACAUGCGCGUAAAGGCUAGCGACGAAUUGCAGUACUGGUCGUGCAAUCAGUUCCGGGUGCUUGGCUGCACGGCUCGUGCCACAACUGGAAGGGGGAAAAGAGACGGCAAACCGAUCAUCAAGCUGCGCGGUUUUCAUAAUCACCGGAUUAUUAUGCAGCGUCGAAAACCUGGCGAAUGUGCUAAAUUGAAAGAGCAAUACGCUCGUGAACGAGACGGGCUACCAGAUAGGGUUAAACAUGGUGUACCAGAACAAACGAUGUCAUCAAUACCAGCGGUAUCACAACCGUCGCUUUUACCAAUGGCACAGUGCUUUUUGAAGCAAGAAAAAUAAAUGUGAAUUGAUGACGUAUCUUUUUCGGUAUUCUAUUACUUCGUCGCUUAUAUAUUGAGCUGAUAUAAUGCGAAGUACCGUGUCAUUUCGGGAGGUCUGUAGUAUGCAAUAGAUAUUAUUAUCAAUAAACUUAAAAACGUUGAGUUAUACUUAAGAUGUUGCGAUCAGGGUUUACAAGAAAAGUUAAUAAUCACACUGAAUCGCGUCGUGCCAUAAACGAUAAAUAUGCACAAGUUGUAACAACUUUGAAAAACUAUAAACCAUAAUAUGUAGAGUGAAACCUCAUAUUUUUGUUCUUAAUGGAAAAAAAUGACUGUUGUAGUGCUACAGAGAGAAAAAACAAUCACAUUAUUUUCGCUCAAAGCUAUUUCUAAAAAAUAUGCAACGUGUUUCGAAGAAUUUUCACCGAAUCGUACACGCAUUUGACAUUAUUACAAAUCUCGUUGCAGUUGUCUGUCCAGAGGAAAUUUCCUUCGCAUUGAAUUACCGAGGAACGCAGAACAUGGUGAUUCGGAACCACUUCUUCGUUCGCAACAAAAUUUCCCAACGGUAUCUUUUCUGGAACUGUGCCCAGAAGAAAGCUCUAGGCUGUCGCGUUCGAGCUACAAUGCCACGCCCACCCAACAAAGGACCUGUCAUAUGCCGAGGGGAACACAAUCAUGAAGUGGUUUCCGAACGACGAAAGCAUGGCGCUCUCAGAGAAUUACUGAACAAACGAAAGCUAGAUAAAGAGCAGUCGAGUACAAAGAGAUGUAGAAUAAAUAAAAAUUAAGUGAAAUUACUUAUCAUAUGUCUUUUUAGAUUUGAAUACUCAAAUUUUUCAUUCCGGAGAUUCAUUGUGUAUUGAUGUAUUACAGAUAACUGUAUCAGCGAUAAUGCAUCCGAUAUGGAUAUAUGCUACAUGGUGACAGCCCGUGGGACAACUCAGCUGGUUGUAGAAGGAUAUCCGUUUACCAAACUCAACGAACGGGCUCAUAUGACGUUCUGGGCGUGCUGUCAAGCUAGACCCUUGAAUUGCAAAGCCCGGGCCACAACAUAUCGCGCUUCGAGGGAUGGAAAAAUCACGUUCAGAGGAGAGCAUAACCGGGGCCCAUAUAGCCGAGGCGGUAAACGCACGGGUAUUCAGCAUGACCAUGCUGAGGGUGAAGGGUUCGAUUCCCGGUCGGUCCAGGAUCUUUUCGUAAAGGAAAUUUCCUUGACUUCCUUGGGCAUAGAGUAUCUUCGUGCCUGCCAAACGAUAUACGCAUGCAAAAUGGUCAUUGGCAGAGGAAGCUCUCAGUUAAUAACUGUGGAAGUGCUCAUAGAACACUAAGCUGAGAAGCAGGCUUUGUCCCAAUGAGGACGUAACGCCAAGAAGAGAGAGAGAGAGAGAGAGGAGAGCAUAACCAUGGCAAAAUCCAUGAACGGCGCAAAGCGGGUGCGCUCAGAAAACUACUCGAGCAACGUGAUAAAGAGAAAGCUCGACAAAAAUUGUUGAAAUCAGUGGGGAUUGUCUAUGAAUAAAUGAGCCACAUGAAAUGAUGCUGUCUUUUGUCUAUCGUGAAGUAAAAAUGGCAUCAUUGCUUGAUUCUAAAUGUCAUAAGUAGUGUUGCCAAAUUUUCUAAUCUGAUUCAUGGUUUUAAAUAAACUAAAAUUGAGAUGUGUUUAGAAAUCUAGACAUUCGUUACGUGGACACGAGCAGAGCGCAUAAGCUAGUCAUACAGGGUUACAGCUUCACCCGAAAGAAAAAAAAGGGAACGAUACACGAUUUGGGAAUGUUGCCAGUCGAGACCGUUGGGAUGCAAAGCAUCGGUCACCAUCUAUGUGGCAGGAAACAAAGUGAAUAUGCGAGGAAUGCACAACCAUGCAAUUAUGACGCGAAGACAAAGACUGAGCUAGCGCAAACGGUUGAUGGAGGCACGCCUGCAGGAGCGUAUCUGGCGGAAAACCGAAAAAGAGAAGUGAUUGUCGCAGGGAACUUCAAUUUGCCUGUCAUAUUACUUACACUAUUAAAAAAAUAAAAUAAAUAAAAUAUCUAAACGAUAGUUUUGUUUUUGCAAUGUGAAGCUCGAGUCAUGGUGCAGAACAGGCUUGUUUAUUACGUUAACGGAGACCAUUGUCAUUUGAAUGCUGAACAAUAAAUAAAAACUAUCAUUUAGAUCGGAUCAUUAUCAACGUCCUAACUGAUUGUUUUUUUGUGUGAAUAUUUUCAGGCGAUCUACUACAAUCAAUGGAAGACUAUAGUCAAGUUCAAACCGAAUUUGAAAUGCCACAUCCGGAGUUGGCUGGAGUGUCUGUACUGUAUAAGCGUAAUCCAGUCGAAAUAAUAGGCGACGAAAAACACGCUAUAGACCCCAGCAAAGACGUCAGCUUCGUAUUGCAAGGCAACCGUCGCAAACUGUAUGUCAAAGACCACUGCUACUACCGGAAACACACUUUGAAAAAUCACACACAGUGGCGUUGCACUGAAUACAGAGCCUACGGGUGCUUGGCUUCGGUGAAGGUCUCGCGAAACGGAUUACAAAUGACUCUCCAAGGAGUGCACGACCAUCCCGUCAAGAAGGAGCAUCGUCGAGAAGGCCAGCUGAGAGAACUUAUGGAGAAACGAAAGCAAACGGUUAACGAACGAAAGCAACAGCGCCGAAAAUAAACUUGCAACAGCACUGAUUCAAAUAUAGCUUUUGAAAAAUUUCAUCUUGUUUGAAUGUUUAUGAGUAGCUGCCGAAGUCGUUUUUCGUUUUGAGUGGCCGAGGAAAUCUCCAACUGUCGAUCGAUGGAUACGUGUUCACGCAAGAGCUGGUCAAGAACAACGACAUAGAUUGGGCUUGUUCGCAAUCAAAAGCUUUGCGCUGUAAAGUUCGCGCGACGACAUCUCGUGGGAAAGAUCGCAAGGUGCUCUCGAUCCGAGGCGAACACAAUCACGGGAUAAUUACUGAACGUCGGAAAAGCGGUGCCUUGAAGGCUCUGCUGGAACAACGCAAGAAAGAGCGCGAUGAACGACGAAUGAGAUUGGGUGGAGUCUUUUCACCAGCAGUCUAGAAAACUGUAUUGGAUAAAUAAAUACUACACAAUAAUAAUGAAUUGUUUGAUUAUAAUCUGAUUGAAGCAAUAGAUUUGUUGGUGGUUUCGCCUCUCCUUAUUUAUUUUGACCUACUUUUUGUCUCGUUUAUAGUUGCAUAUUGUUUCCAUGACGCCUCAGAAGCAGUAAGAAAACCAAACGUUCAGUAUUCAUUGAGUAACAAAGGCACCCUGGUGCUGUUACUGGAUGGGUUCUCUUUCUUCAAGGAAAAAGCACGCAACGGUUCUACUUUUUGGCGAUGCUCGCAGUAUUUUGCGCUCAAGUGCCGAGCUCGCGUUCGCAUGCCGCUUCCACCGAACGAUGAAAAUCUAGUCCGCCGAGGAGAACAUAAUCACAAAAUCAUCUCCGAACGACGCAAAUAUGGCUCUCUGAAAAACAAUAUGAAGAACGAAGAAGAAAUUACGCAGCGCCAUGAGAUCUCUGAGAAGGGGUUGCUCAGUAAAUGAUAUGCCAUUUUAAAUAUACGUAAUAAGAUUACCAAAGAGAAAUUCGAUGAAAAAUGAUGUUAUAUUGUAGUACUAGAACACGUGUGUAUUAUUUUCAUUUCAGUUCGUUUCUCAAUGUUACACACGGAUGAACUAAUCUUUGUCGUGCAUUCGUUUCAUUUAUCUCCUGCUUGUCUCUGGCCUGAUUCCCCUUCCCCGACAGAAAAUGGAACCAAACCAUACGUCCAAUAUACGAUUAGUAAUCGUGGAACUCCAUUGCUUUUGCUGGAUGGAUUCGCCUUCACCAGGGAUAAAGUACGCAACAGUGUUACCUCAUGGAGAUGUUGUCAACACCGUACACUCAGCUGCAAAGCUCGCGCCAAUGCCGUCCGGGAUCGUAGUGGCCAAAAGAAAAUCGUCAUCAAACACUUUCACAAUCAUCCGCUUGUAACCGAGCGUAAAGAGAAACGUUCCUUAAAAUAAAAUUAUGCGCUACUUCUAGUACCUCAGCAACAGUUACCCAAAAGCAAAAUAUAUCGUGUUUUCAUUUUCGUUUUUUUUUUUACAGUUUUUCGGUAACGUCCGAUGAAAUCUAUCUACUAAUGAAAAAAUCGAUCUGCAUUCUAGGGAUUGUGACGUACACCACAAGCCGUCGAGGUCGUCGACAGAUCUGCUACUUCGGACACUCUUUCGAGAUGGAAAAGGAACGGAAAGGGUCCACCAGCUGGCGGUGCGGUCAGGCAAAGCCUCUCAAAUGCAAGGCCAGAAUUAUCGAGCGCAUUUCAAAGUACGGCGACCCAAUGUAUGAAAUUGUACGCUCGACGCAUAAUCACGACAUUAUAACUGAGAGGAGGCCACGAGGGUGGUUGAAAGGUUAUAAUGAGCUAUCAAUAAUGAAAAAAGAAGAACAAUAAAUUCACAGUUCCUUGGCAUGUAAUCUAGUACUACUUUUUGGAAUUAUAUUGUUACAAUGGACUCAAGUAGUUCAUCACUACAAACCUAUUUUGGCGAGUAAUCUAGUACAACCCAUCUAUAUAAUUUAGAACAAUUUGACUGGCUUUAUAGACCUGGAAUUACAGUCUAGUACAACAAUACAGCUCAAUGUAUAUUCCAGUAGCAACAAAAUAAUCAACUUUUGAACUAUUAUAGGACACUGUUACGGUUCGGCGGAGUACUCAAUCAGCCUCAAAGGCUCCCUGCAGUUGAUGGUGCAGGGAUUUCCGUACACUCGCCAUAACUGCAAGGGCGGUAAGGUCUACUGGCGGUGCGUGCAGUUCAAGUCACUUGGCUGUCGGUCUAGGGUUCGUACUCACCAGGAGCUGAUCGAGUCGAUAGAGCACGAACACAAUCACGAUCGAAUGUUGGCCAGGCGUAAACGAGGAGCUUUGAAGCAGUUAAUGCAAGAGAGGAAGCGCGAGGAAUCUCUAGUUGCCCUGGAUCAGUGUGACUUGGUUGAACUUGACUGGGUUGAAUAAAAGUAUUUGUUGCUAGAUGACCUUGCUGGAUUGUUGAUGUCAAUAAAUAAAAAUUAAAUGUGUGACUGUAGAAUGUGACGGAGUUUCGUCUUUCAGAACCUAUCUCAUUGAUACAGGUGAUUACCGUAGUACCAGACGAAGCGGAACCCCAUCACUAUAGGUAUAACUAUCGUGGAAAUCUUGUGUAUGAUAAGUACACCUUCUCCAAAACGGCGGCUCACGGGACGGGCAACAUUGUCUACUGGAGGUGCACGGGCUAUCGUAAGCAUAAGUGCAGAGCUACACUGAAAACGCGAGGCAAGGAGUUGAUCGUGGUUCGCCAGGACCAUAACCAUGAGCCCUUCGUGAAGGGAAGCGUUUUCACUUCCGAUUUGCCAAUUUGGAAGGAAACAACGGGAUCUAACGCUCCUUAAAAUUUACCGUUUUACUCUUUGCUAUGAUGCCACAUUGGAAUUUACCUAAUAAUAAUUACAAGAACAAUACAUUUCAUUUUUGCAAACAAUAAUCUUCAUUGUUUUUCUACCAUACCAUUAAUAUAAUCUUGCGUUCUAGUACUACACAACUUCAUACUAACGUUACACUUGUAUUCCUCCAGGGAAACUUCUGUCGAUUUCGACAAUGCCGCUCGUAUUGAAAAAGAUCAAAGUCAAGCGUACAAAACCGCUAUCUCCGUUGAAAUCCGUUCCUGCAAUGAAUGCCCCAUCUGAACGUCCGACCGUGGUAAGCGCCGAUCCGGAUCAACUGCUCAGGCUGGACAACAGUACAAUUUCCAAAGACAAUAUCGUCAAACAGCUAUCGAACGGCCAUGCUCUAGUACUGCUGAAGAGGACACGCGUCAAAGGUUUUUGUGUGAGCUGUAUUCGUUCCAUGCAGGAUCCGGAGUACAAGAAGAAGUUGAACAAAAUUAUUACCUACUGCUCGGGAUGCCCCGGUGGGCAGUGGAUCUGUGAAACGUGUUUUGAUUCCAGUCACGAUAUAAAGAACUAAAUGAAUAAAAAUUUAAAAUAUCUAGCUGCUAUCGAUAGUUAUUUCUUAUUGUGAUCCUUUUUUAUCAAUACUUUUUAAAAACUAACAGAGUUUCAAUCAUUUUCAGGUAAAGCUCUGUUCCAGAUCGGCAACAGAAACUCGCUGAAGCUGUUCUACAACGGACACUUCUACACAAAGUCCUACACGGCGGAAAAAUCAAGCAAGUGGGUCUGCGACAGGAAAAACAUGCUCAAAUGCAAAGCUCGAAUACGCCUGAACCGAGACAAAACUUGUGACGUGCUGAAUGCCAAUCACAACCAUCCGGCUCGAAACCCUAGCACUAUCGGAAUGCUGAUCGAUUUCACCGAUCGAGAUUUGAGCACCAUGCUCCAGAAGGAUACCGUCAAAGAAUCUCCCAAUCCCAAUCGUUGCGGAAUAACUAAAAUGAAAAUAUAAUGAAUGAAUCAACCAACAUUUUGAACUGUCCACAUUCAAUUACUUCAUCUUACGAAUCGUAGCAUGACACUUCACUAAAACCUCUCCUUGACUUUUCGUUCCAGUGCACAAGAUCAUGAAGCUACAGAAACGACUCUACUACCUCAAAAAGGUAUCCGGAGAGUUUGUUCAACACGGAGAAAAUCCAGUUUCUUCGCAGAUUGAGUAUUUGCAGCGCGAUCUGGAUGUGCUUACGGGAACUCUACCGAAAAUGGAGAACGCUCCGGAUUGUAAACCAUUUUCCGUUCCGGGAUUCGAGUUCCCUCUGACCGAACAGGAGGAAAUUGAACGCUUGGAGGCGGAGGUACGAAACGAUCCGUAUGUCCGAGGCCAAUAUGUUAACUAUCUUAUCAACAAAAAGCCAGCGCCGAUGAAUCUAAUACAGUUCCUACCACUGGUGUUUUCCGAUGAGGCCCUUAUUGCCUACAACUAUCAUGGUUCGCAUGCUUCCGGAAAAUCUAAGCAUUCGAUGAAGGCGUACACCAUUUUUUCGGAAUGCUUUUUGGAAGCCUUCGAAGGAGAAGGAUUGGAUAUGGACACAUUGACCAAGCAGCUGGUAAUGGCCAUCAAACAGAGCCGGAACCGUAUGCGGCAACGUACAUUCCGAGCGAAGAAGACGCUACAACGAAUCAGCAGCGACAAGGGUUCUGAGUGAUUAGUGUGGAACGGGAUGUCUUGUUUUCAGAAUUUAAAGUACAUUCAAUAAAAAUGAGAAGAAGUGAAUGAUUAACUGCGAUGUUCUUUGACGUACUAGAAUGAAUCUUGUUGUCCGUUUAGUUGAAAAAUAAUGUUUCUUUGCUAACAAUUUGAACCAAAUCUUAGGCAUGCAGAAGUAUGAUAUAUUCUACGGUUGUAUGAUUGGUAGGUUUGUAACUAGUGGCAGUACUAGAAUCAUGAUGAACAUUGGUUUUGAUCUAUUCCAGAUGCAUGGGAAAGUCACGGACUCGAUAACGAAACACUUGUCGAGCAGAUUAAGAAAGCAGUUUAUCAUAUAAAUCGACGUCGGUACACCAAAAAACAGUCCCUGAAAAAGAAGUACACGAUUGUUGAAGUACAAGAGUAGAUAUUAUAUUGGAUGAUUUUUUUAUGACGAGCCUUCUCCAGCUUCUUCAUGCAAGAAAUCUAUACGUUCUACGAUUGUAUUUUAUAGGUUGUACUGUAGUACUAGAUUGACGUAUAAUUUUCAUUUAUUUUACUGCCACAUUUAUACGCGUCGAAAGGUGUAACACCGCCCAUGAAUAUCGAUAGAUGAAUAAAAUUGCAGCGAACUCUCUAACCAGCUUUGAUUUAAUAAAAUUCUAAAUUCUAGAAAUAAUCUAUUAUUUUUUUAUCAUACAGCUGACUAUCUGCUAUCUGACACACUCGCAUACUUCCAGAUACAUUUCGGCCCAACCUGGCAAAGCGUAAACAAGAGCUGUUGAGGUACCUGAAGCCGUUCAAACGACCCGAACAACCGCAGCGGAAAAUUUCGGUUGAAGGAUUUUCCUUUCCAGUGUACACCUCGGACGAGGUGGAACGACUAGAGGAAGCUGUCCGCUCAUCCAGAAAUAUACGCCGCCAGUACGUAGCCUAUCUGACCGAGCGGAAACCUCGCCACAUGGACAUUGUGGAAUGUUUCGGCAAGUUUUUCACCGAUGAAGCGAUGGCUCCGUAUGCGUGGAAUGGCUACAAGAAUCCAAAGUUUCCACGCAAGGCAAUGAAAACUAUGGAUAUCUUCUCCACCUGUAUGCUUGAGGCUUGGCACCGACAGGGAGUUACGUCGAUGGACAUCCUCUCGGACAUCAUGACUAAGGUGAUUACGAAGAUUGCCGGUCGUCGGCGGUCCAACAAUUACAACCAACGGAAGCGUAUCCAGCAGUUUUGUGACAAACAUAAUGAAUAAAUGUUCAAUUCAUUGUUUGGAAAUUUGUGUUUUUAUUACUUUUACAGAGGCUGUGUUUAACAUUGGGAAAAAUAUUUUGCAGAUUAAAUGAAUACCGUUUCGUUCCAGAUCAAGGAGGACUUGCAAGAGGCUUCUUCCACGGAAGUGACCGGGUUCAGCUUUCCAUUGUUCUGCGAGGAAGACGUCGAUCGACUCGAGGCUGCAGUCAAGAUGGAUCGUAUGGUUCGCCGGCAAUAUAUAAAACAUUUGAAAUCUCUAGGAGAGUACCAACCCAGCUUAUUUGCAAAGUAUGUGAGUGAACUAUUCAGUGAUCUCUCGCUUUACAACUACUGUGUUACAACAGACGGGGAUGGACAUACUAAUAAGAAGGAUAUGAUCGGAUACGACAUUUUCACGCACUGUUUGCUAGAAGUCUGGGUGCCACAAGGUCUGACGAUUUCCAAACUGACCGAGCUAUUGAAAUCGGUGACAGUUAGCCUCAGCGAGAGACGACAAUUGUCCAACCGGAACCGCCGAAAACGAUCGGAACUCAUUCAGAAGUGGCUCCUAAAGGAGAAUCAAAAACAGAAAUCUUAAAAUUGCAGUGCUCAAUAAAAGUUUCUGAAAAAAAAACAAAUUAUCCUUAAGUUUUAUUCUCUCUGACAUGCAGUACUAGAAUACUGAAUCAGAAACCUAAUAACGCAAAUAAUUUUAACGUUACAGUGAAAGGUCCACCCACUGGAGCUACGUCACAUAAGGAUUUUGAACAAUUGAAGCUAGAACUGGCGCAACUGGAUGUCCUUUUUAGUCAACGCCGGGAGACAAAAAAUAACGCAAGUGGACGGUCGAUGGUGGAUGGUUUUGUGUUUCCACUGACAACGGAAGCCGAUGUGGAAAGGCUGGAAGCGGCAGUGCAUUCGAACGCCACCGUAAGGGGGCAAUAUAUUCAACUGUUGAAAGCCAAAAAAACCAAAACAUAUCGAUCUGGUGGAUUGUUUCCCAAUGCUUUUUGGUUCAAGCUCUGUGGAAGCCUAUACCUGGAGUGGAUGUCGGAUAUCAAAAUUUCCAAAGAAAGCGAUGAAAAAUUACUCUAUUUUCAACGGAUGCAUGCUAGCUGCUUGGGAAUCACAGGAAAUGGACAUCAAAAUGCUGGAGGAGAACAUCAAACAAGCUAUUCAUCGCAUUCGACGGCGCCGGUUGGCAAAAAUUUUAUACGAUAAGAAAAAAUCCACCUCUGAAAUGUGAUAUGUUGUCGAAUAAAAUCCUUUGAAAUCCAAUGCAAUGUGUCUCGCAUUUGAAUGAUAAUUUUAGUUGAAUCACGGAUAACCUAACCUCGUUCAUUGUCCGUUACAGAUGUAUUCUAUAUAGCAGACACUCGUAGCCCUAGCACCAAAAAGGGUGAAAUCCGGCUGAAUAGGCGAUCUUUCAAAUUCGCGGUAAAUGAUGACGACGAAUCGAACGAUGAAGCGGAAAAUCCUAUGUUCCGGUCCGUGCCUGGGUUCAGAUUUCCGCUGAAAACAUCCGAAGAUAUUGAAGAUCUCGAACGCAGCGUUCGGGCAAGCGCCACCAUUCGACGACAAUAUAUUGAACUGCUACGGAAUGCACGUCGACUGGUCGAGAAACCAUCGUUCGCCUUCCUGAAGCUGUUCAGCGACGCGUCACUGCUGGACUACAACUACAGCGGGCGAUGCAACUUUUCCGGAACACAGAAAAAAGCAAUGAAGGAUUACAAAAUUUUCGCUGAGUGCAUUGUUGAAGCUUGGGGUGGGGAAUCUUACUCGAUAGAAGAGCUUCGACAGUAUUUAUGCAAUGCGAUCACGUUGGUUAACAAUAGAAAACGAGGGGCUCGCUUCCGCAAGAACCAGCGAAGUACUAGAGGAGACAAGAAAUGACCCCGCGGAUGAAAACUGUGCUGGGCAAGCGAUCGAAAAUGAUACAUAAUGCUCGCAUCUGUUAAACUGAUGCUUAUUUGAGAAAUAAAAACUUAUUAAUAUUAUUGUGUAACGAAUGGUUUAGUGGAAGAGCAAUUUUUCAAAUAUCAAUCAAAACGUACAAGAGUUCUUCCAAAUUUGAAUCGAUAUUAUAAUGUGACUGUACAAAAUCUAGUACUACAUAUUUUUGUUAAGGCUGAAUUAAACUCAUACAAUUAUUUCAAUUUUUGCCACGAAGUUUAAAUCACUGCUCUAUUAGAUUGCAUCGCAGUUGAUUUGCUCAAAAAUCGAAAUAAUAAUAAAUUCAACUCUUUUCAGCAUGGCGUUUGCGCCUCAAAAACCCAAAUAUCAGCCGCAGCGAUACCAAGGCACUGUUGGCCGCAGCUAUGGAGCACACUGGUGUACCGGGAUUCCGGUUUCCGAUCCGAUCUGAGGGCGAAAUCGAACGGCUAGAAGUUGCCGUCCGUAGUGACAUGUACAAAUGGGACAAUUAUAUUGCAUUCCUGCGAGAUUUGAGGGCCAAUGAUCUCCACACACCAAUACGGUGCAUUUUUCAGUCGGUGUUCUACGACGAAGCUCUAGUCAACUAUAACUAUAAUGGAAUUAGCACUGCGCCGGGCGUUCAUAAGCGAGCAAUGAAAAGUUACGCCAUCUUUAGGGACUGCUUCGCUGUGGCCUGGCGAGAAUUUGGAAUCACCGACGAUAUGAUUCGUGCCAUGUUGACAGAAAUUAUUAAAAAUAUCAACAGGCGAAAACGAAAUCGACAAUAUAAAAAUCGGAUACAGAAGAAAAAGAGGCUUCAAAACUCGUUUGGCACAAACACCAUCUCGAACGUCCGUUGGAUUAUAAAGCCAAAAAAGAAAUCUGCCCUUAGUGCAGCGCAGCGCAGGUCCUCCGAACAUGUACAUCAGCCGGAUUCGAUGAUAGAUUCCAAAGUAGCGGAAAACAUUCCAGGAUUCCGAUUUCCCAUUGAAUCUGACAAUGAUAUUGAGCGCUUGGAAGAAACUGUCCGCAGUUGCGCUCUUACACGUAGGAGAUAUAUCAAUUGCCUUCGGCAGAUCAAGGACUCGAGUGAAAAUGCGUCUAUCGAAAGCAUCUUCAAGAUGUUCUUUUACGACGAAAGCCUCACCGAGUACAAUUAUAAUGGCUUCAGUAACAGUCGUCGGGCCAAGAAACGGGCGAUGAAGAACUACGACAUUUUCACGAGUUGCUUCUUGGAAGCCUGGAUGGAUUACGGAGUUACGGAAGAUGAGGUUCGUCUAAUGUUGUGCAAGGUGAUUCGCAACGUACACGGCCGUAAUAGAUUUCGUCGCUAUAAAAUCCGGAAGCGAGAGCAGGAAAUGACAGAAGAUUGUAUUUAUUUGGAAGAAGAUGAUUUGUAAUAAAGCUUCACCUAUACAGCUCUUA